CUGUCUAAUCUAUACAGUACAUUUAUUCCCUGGUCUGUCUAAUCUAUACAGUACAUUUAUUCCCUGGUCUGUUUCACCUCUAAACAGCUGCCUCUCCCUGAAGUUCAGGACCAAGGCAGCAGCCCGCUCUCUGUACACAGAUUACAACACCUCGCCUUUUAUACAGCAGCAGCAUACACACUGAAACCUUCCACAACAGCCAACACAUCAUUUGAAAAGUCUGACGCGGACACUUUCCAGUGAAAACUCUCUCCUGGGGGCAGAGCUACAGCAAAGGCAAGCUCAGGCACUGAGGGAGAGGGUCUCAUUUGCAGACAAUCGAAAGUCCUCAGGAAGAUGCAAGGACUGUCUCCUAUCACUGACACAGGCUAUUUUUAUGCAGCUGGUGAUUAAUUCAUCCUGUAAUAAGGAACCUGAGAUCAGAGCUUUGUGCUUCUUAGGAGGGUCAUCUCUCAGGAGACAGCUUAAUAGGUAAGUGACUAACCUGAGCCUUGCUCCAUCCUGAAAAGUUGCUUACUGAAACUUUUACCAAGGUGAGGCUUUAACUGGAAAUGCCAUUUAAGCAUCUCUGUUACCUGUCUCAAUUUAAGGUAUGGGUUUUUUUUUUUUCUGGACACAUUGGGAGCUGUGUGCAAAGAGUCAUUUCAGAGUUCUACAAGUGGAGCAAUCAGCAGAGACAUUCUAUUGGUUUCCAUGGUUACUGCUCCACUGUUAGAACGUUGCCCCAGAAUUACUGUUAAUUCAAAUCUCCCACUGGGUUGAUCGGUGUGUCUUUUAACUAAAGCACAUCACCUUUAUUUAUUUAUUUAUUUUACAAACUUUAACUUUUUGAAUAUCCAACUAUUUUGAGCUUUUGGAAACUGACACAUGUCUCUUAUCUAAAAUCUUCUUCAUUCCCUAGUCAUUUAUUGGAAUUUAAUUUGUCAUGUCUUUUUUUUAUUUAACAUUUCCCACAUUUCCAAAUUGUCACCACAACCAAUCCACUGUCUUUCCCUCUCUUUCCUAACCACUGUAGGUAUUGUUUUAAACCUCCGGUUUGCCAAGCCUUUUCUUUUUGUGGGGAUAAACAGAUCAAGAUAUGGUGCAGCCUUUUUACUGGUGGUGCUUGUUUAUGGGGGUCUCCUAUCUUCGUGGAUCUCUGGCAAGACCUCCAGAUGAGCAAGACUACUAUCACCAGGAGAUCUUAACAAGGGAUCACUAUUACUCUUACCCGGACCCUGAGGAGCUACAGACACCUCUGGAGCCAGAGCCAGAGUCUAAUAUCCCCCUGGAGCCCAGAGGGGACAAUAAUCGUGGGACUCAGGGCGCAAGAGAUGAGAUAUACCCACUGCCCAAGAAGGAUAUCAAAUCCAAAAAGGUUAAUAAGAAGGAAGACAGAAGUCAACAGCAAACACAAGGUAAUCUACCAUCCAGACAGGCAAAGUUAUUGCAUCUUUAAAUCAUGGGGCAAUAUGCAGACAUAGUGUGCUCUUAAAUAAUAUAUUAUGUGUGUAAAAUAUUGUAUGGCAGAGAAUUGCUAGCACAGACUGAGUACUGUAUCAUUUGUUACAUUUAACAGAACUGUAAAGCUCUAUGCAAUAGAUGUCAAUUAUUUGUUAUAGAAUAAACUAUUCACUCUGUCAGAUGGGAAUGUCUUGCAUGUGCUGUAGUUGUUAUGCUGGAGGGUAAAAUAGAAAAUACAAUAAAAAUGAUUGACAGACUUUAGCAAAACCCUGUUUCAUACUAGAGAAGUGAUACAUAGGAGCAUAUGGACUGAUCACAUGUACAAUAAUAUAGAAGAUUCCUAAAUAAAGUAAGCAGGUAGAUGUGUUAGAAAAUUCUGAAAUCAAAGGUUUUGAUAUUCCUAGUUGCAGUGCUCACCUCAACCUUUUGGUUUGGUGGUGGCGCUGUUGCCAUUAUUUUUGGAAUAUAUUUUGUUAGGAAUAGGAGUAACUACAUUGGUCAAGUUCUAGAGUAUCCUGUAUCUAUUUAAAACGUGUUUGUACUUAGAAGUUAGAAUAAUGCUUCUGGAAACUGGAGUUUUGUUAUCACUAGACAGUUAUGAAUAUGUCACAGUGUGAGAUGUUCAGCAGUGGUGCGAGAUUAUUAUUUAUAUAGCGCCAACAAGUUCCAUAGCGCUGUACAAUGGAAUAACACAAUACUAAUACUCUUUUGUAUAGGUAUAUUAGGAAAGUUUAACAACAUUACAGUGGUCAUCAUGGGGUCAAGUUGGGUUACUGCUGCACUCUAAACUAUAUAUUUUUUUAGAAAAUAAAGAAAACCUGUAAAAAAUAAAAAAAUAAUUUAAAAAAAUUACAUAAAUGAAAAGAUCAGCUUUAGGGUGCUAUACAAACCUGAUCCAUAAAUUUUACUGGCAAAAUUGAAGAAAAUGCAUAUAUUAAUAGGAUUUACUCCAAUAUCACUUCCACCAGUAUGGUCUCUGCACUGACUAUAUGUGAAUACAUCUACCUGUCUAUGUGUAACAAGAGAGGGAUAUGUUAGUGAUGCACAGGUAUGCAUUGUGGGUCACAGUGUGCAUUAUGUGGGCAUGCAGGUGCAUGUGUAUCAGCCUACAGCAGCAAUAGUUUUUCUUUUUGCCUUUAAGCAAAGACAGAGCCUUGAACUUAUGAAUACAUUGUAAUGUAAGCAUUUGUUAGUAAUUUGUCUAAUGAAGCGAGCAGAUAAAAUAUAUAUUCACUGUAAGGAAAUGUUAUGAUCUUCUGGAGUGACAGCCGCUCAAACUAAGAAGUAGUGAGUGCGGAAAGCAUUUUAAACAAUCAGUACCUUUAUAUAGUUAGGGUUAAUUACCGGCACCUCGGGUGGAAAUGUAGUUUGGAGUCUCUCUCUCUCUCUCUCUCUCUCUCUCUCUCUCUCUCUCUCUCUCUCUCUCUCUCUCUCUCUCUCUCUCUCUCUCUCUCUCUCCUCCCAUGAUCAAGGUGCCUGCUCAGGUGGGAGUGUGGUGUACAUCCCCCUGUCACUCAGACUGGAAAGUCCCCUGACCACCCCCCAUUGUACGACAAUGAGUGGAACUGCCUUAUAAUUUCAGUUCAGUCAAACUGUGGCUGAUUUCAGUUUACACAUAGCUGGGUGUGCUGUUUAGUAAAUCAGGAUAUAUUAAGCUGUGGGCAGUGUCCCAGCACUGUCUGUGGCUCAGCUUCUCUUAUCUAGAGAACACAGGGUUCAGCCCAAGUUGUACAAGGGGUGUGCAUACUCGCAGUGUAAAACUUAGUGAAGCUAAUAUAUACAACCCAGAUUAAAGUCUUAGAUUAGAUUAUUCUCAGGAGUUGAGACAGAUUUACGCUCCAAUAAAAAAAUUAAACCUUACAGAGUUAUUUACUAAACACCGGUGAAAACGAACAAAUUCCAACCGCAUUGGCAAUUGUCAUAUUUACUAAAGCCAAAUGAGGUCAGCAUUCGGGUGGUCCGAACGAUUCUGUAACGUUGGUUUGAAUGAGUUUAGAAAAGCACUAAUAUCCGUACCUGAACCAAAUCACAACAGUAGAAUCCGAGAUUUAGCAAUGACCGCAUGGCGGCCGAUGGUAAACUGAAUGCAUGCGGUAUGUGCACUGUGGCAAACCUAGCCACUUGGACAAUAACCAGAGACUGUGCCUUUAAGGGUUGCCACUAGGUCGGGCGAGAUAUGCGCUGUACACAUAUGUAGAUGUUAAGGUAUUUUCCGUGUUGCCUGUAAUACUGUUUCCGCCGAAUGCAAUUGGCGGUUUUGUAUGGGGAUUUUCUUUCGUUUCACGAACGGCACUUUAGAAAGCCGUUCGUGAACCGAACGCGAUACCCCCUAAUAGCCCACACACUUAGAGGCGUGUGGCGCUAGUUAACCGAUUGCAACAUUGUUGCAAUCGGUUAUUAGAGGCUCUCCUGGGUGGCCGUCGUUCGACUACCGACCAUGCGGCGGUCGGCCAUCUUGGAUCCCUUGUUCGUCAGCGGGUUCGUGUCGUCGAACGCAUACUACUACCAAUAGUUAUUCGACGGCACGAACACCGCUGAGCCUCCCAGACGUUCGGGAGUUUCAGGACCAAGUUCACCCAAAGCAAUCGGUUCCUUUUGUGGGUUUUGUAAGAAAUGUGUUUUCUGUGCGGCGUUCGGUUAAUUUGGCUGGGAUCUGAGCAGCAAUCUCACGAAUGAUGCGCCCAGACCCCAGCUAUCUACCGAACGUCCAUUCGUGUAAAUCCACCGUGUAUUUUAAAAGUUAUGUAUUUUUAUAUGAAUUGCCGGUUCUGCUGCACGAGGGGAUAAUCCCCUUAACGGUGCAUUCUGGGAGGAUGAUCCCUCUCGUGCAGCAGUGCCUGAUGGGAGAAAUAUGUUAUACUGUAAGUCCCCCAUGUAGUCCCCUCUGGGAAUGCCCCUGGGAAGGGACUCAGGAGACCCCUUGCAUGGGGACUUGUAUAAAUUGUCGUGCUGAAUAAAGGAUUGUCAGUUGACUCCCAAAACUGUGUCUCGUCCGGUUAUUGGGAGGUUGGGGAUAUUGCCUUGGUAUUUUCAGCGCUUGACUGUGGAUUCGUUCUGGACCAGCGGAAUUCGUGGAUUUUAUAUUGGCGUUCCGCUACAUGCACAUUCACAAAUAAUCAUUCACUUGCAUUUUGCAAGCUGGCGCGAGAAUAGUUAAAAACCCUCAGCACCACGAGGGUUAAUUAUGUGGUGGCUUGUCAGCACUCGCUAACCAGCUGUCACAUGGAAAAGGUAAAUAAAUAAAAAUCUUUCGAAGUAAAUAACACCUUGCUAAAAUAGAGGUACUGUACAUAUUUACUAAACUUAAAGGGACACUCCAGCUUGCUGAAAAGCUUUAUGUGUGAAGAGUCUGUACUCUUUCUUCAUUUUGGAAAUAGUGCAGAUUUCAAUAGAAAUUGAUACUUUCAUAAAAUAUAUUGGAUACACCCCGUAACUUUUCAAGCAGACUGCUACUUCUGGGGUAUUUGCACUGAACUAAGGAGGCAGCAAUUGCCCAGAGCACCUGCCUUUCAAAAACUUCUCAUUGAGCUGCAUUGGGAAGUCUGUAAUUGGACAACCACAGAAAGUCUGAGCUAGGCUAGAAGGGGAGGGCUUGCAAAGGCUGCAGACAAGCUAUCUGCAAAUUUUUCAAGCUGUUUUUGGAUAUAGCUCCAAUGAAAAAUGCAUAAAUUCAAAAGCAUAAUUAAAGAAAGGGUACACACCCCGACCCAACAUGCUCCCGCCCCUAACCUUGACCUUAUAGCUAUAUAUAAUAGGUGCCGGAAUGCGCCAAUCAAAGCAAAAGCUUUAUCCCUUGGAUAUGCCGCCUUAGGGCAACAUCCCCCUCUGACGAAUUUCGCUUUUACGACUCAAUGGCAUAAUUUAUAAUUUAUCCAGCAACACCGAACACAUGCUGGCGAUGCUCUAAUGAUAUAGGGACAAUGAGGCAUGUCUGGUGGGAUUGCCCAAAUAUUUUACCAUUGUGGACUGAAGUCCAACGACUGGGCAAUUCUCUAGGAAUUAUAAAGGGAACUCUAACACCCAUCAUUAGUCUAUUCCUAUUGUUGCCUGCUCAAAUUCCUGCACAGGACAAGCAACUACUGAUUAUACUAAUACUUGCUGCGCGCAAUCUUAUUGCGUGCCACUGGAAACAACAGACUUGCCCGACGCCACAGCAAUUACUCCACAAGACACAACAGUAUCUGCGACAUGAACUGCUGAUUACUUCGACACCCAGUCGUAGAGAUUUCACACACAAUAAUUGGCAAAGAUGGAGCAAAUACAUAACGGACAGUCAGCACCCAGGGUAACUUGCCAUGCACACAUAGGCUACCCUACGCACCGGGAAGGCUUUAAACACGAACAUGACACAAGACGCACGACCGACUAAGACAGGCUGGAUACACAUUUGUAUGUAUUAACGAAGGCACAAGGUGUAAUGUUUGUAACAGACUGUUUGUAACUGAAUACUGGUAGCUACUACAUUGUAACUAUCUAAUCUAUAAUUGUGGAUACCCCCCCCCCACUUUUCUUCCUUUCUGUAACCCCCCACAUGGUUACUUUGAAAACUCAAUAAAAUACGAAUUUGAAAAAAGAAAAAUGCAUAAUUAAAAAAAACUUUUCAUUUGGGGUAUAUCUACUAAACAGUGAUUUAAAAUAUUUAGUUUUUGGGCACUGGAGUGUCGUUAAAACUAGGUACUGGGCAGCCAUUGCUGUCCAGCCACUGAAAAAGGUCUUAUCUCAUCUUGGAUGGGGCCUGUGCUCUUACUAGGGUGAAGUAGUGCCCUCCGUGACCUAAUAUACCCUCCCUGGCCUCCGAUGGGUGGGGGAUCUAGUUAAUUAUAAGAUAAGAUACUCCCCGGGUGACUAGAGGUCCCCAAUUUCCUAGCCAUCCCCCUAAAAGAAAGUCCCUACCUAACCCUCUGACCAGGGCAGGAAUUAGGCGCCCUUUGCGAAAAGUCUUCAUGACGCCCCACUCCCCCCCCACCAAGUUGCCUGUAUACAGACACACACACACAGGCACAGGCAGACAGUCAGACACGCUCAGUUACAGGCAGUCACACACACACAGUUACAGGCAGACAGUCACACACAGCUACAGGCACACAAUCACGAACAGUUACAGGCACAUGGUCACACACUCAGUCACAAGCAGACAGUCACACAUACUCCAUUACAAGCAGACAGUCAUACACACUCGGUUACAGGCAUGCGUACACACACUCAGUUAAAGGCAGUCACACAACGGCACAGCUACAGCGACACACACAACUGGAGUCUCACACAGUCAGACAGUCACACACACACACACAGUCACACACACAGGCAGGAAAACAGUCACACACACACACACACAGGCAGGCAGUCACACAGACAGGCAGUCACACAGACACACAGGCAGGCAGGCAGUCACACAGAAGGGCAGGCAGACAGUCACACAGGCAGGCAGUCAGUCACAAAGACAGACAGACAGGCAGACAGUCACACCCAGUCAGUCAGUCACACACACAGUCAGUCAGUCACACACAGGCAGACAGUCACACACACACACAGGCAGGCACACACACGCGCACACAAACACACACACACACACACACACACAGGAAGGCAGUCACACAGGCAGAUAGUCACACACACAAGCAGGCAGACAGUCACAAACACAGGCAGACACACACACACAGGAAGGUAGUCACACAGACAGUCAAACACACACAGGCAGGCAGACAGUCACACAGACAGACAGUCUCACACACAAACAGGCAGACACAUACACAGGCAGGCAGUCACACAGACAGACAGACAGGCAGACAGUCACACCCAGUCAGUCAGUCACACACACAGUCAGUCAGUCACACACAGGCAGACAGUCACACACACACACAGGCAGGCACACACACGCGCACACAACACACACACACACACACAGGAAGGCAGUCACACAGGCAGAUAGUCACACACACAAGCAGGCAGACAGUCACAAACACAGGCAGACACACACACACAGGAAGGUAGUCACACAGACAGUCAAACACACACAGGCAGGCAGACAGUCACACAGACAGACAGUCUCACACACAAACAGGCAGACACAUACACAGGCAGGCAGUCACACAGACAGACAGACACACACACACACACACAUGCAGGCAGUCACACAGACAGACACACACAGGCAGGCAGUCACACAAACAGGCAAACAGUCACAGUCACACUCACACACACACACACACGCAGUCACACAGACAGAUAGCCACACACACAGGCAGGAAGACAGUCACACAGACAGACAGUCACGCACACACAGGCAGGCAGUCACACGCAGACAGUCACACAGACUGACAGUCACACAUACAUACAGACAGUCACACACACACACAGGCAGGCAGUCACACACACACACACACACAGAGGCAGGCAGGCAGUCACACAGACAGACAGUCACACACAGGCAGGCAGUCACACGCAGGCAGUCAAACAGACUGACAGUCACACAUACAGGCAGACAGUCACACAGACUGACAGUCACAUACACAGGCAGGCAGACAGUCACACAGACAGACAGUCACACACACACACACAGGCAGGCAGUCAUACGCAGACAGUCACACAGACUGACAGUCACACAUACUGGCAGACAGUCAUACACACAGGCAGGCAGUCACACACACACACAGAGGCAGGCAGGCAGUCACACAGACAGACAGUCACACACAGGCAGUCACACAGACAGACAGUCACACACAGGCAGUCACACAGACUGACAGUCAGACAUACAGGCAGACAGUCACAUAGACUGACAGACACAUACACAGGCAGGCAGUCACACACACACACACACACACACCCAGAGGCAGGCAGGCAAUCACACACACAGACAGACUGUCACACAGACUGACAGUCACACAUACAGACAGGCAGUCACACAGACUGACAGUCACACAGUCACACACACACACACACGCACUUCCUUCUUCCUGUGCAGCAGUUACCAGGGGCUUCGGGAUGGUAUUAGAGCCGCCUCACGAUAAGUCCAGCCCCGUCCCGCCUCUCAUUAAGCCCCGCCCCCGCUGCCGCAAUUUUUUUUUAAAAUAGACUCGGGUGGAGAAUAGUAAAAUCCUCCACCCGGGUGCCUGUUUUGGCUCCCCUGACCUCCUGUCACCCGGCUAUGUGCGAGCUGUGUCGGCCACAUGGCACCCCUUGGUCCAUGGCGCACUGUGCGGCCGCACAGCUUGCACACCCCUAAGGCCAGCCCUGCCUCUGACCUUAAUAAUAGUGAGGAGGGAGCCAAAAAAAUCUAAUACCCAUUGAAAAAAAUGUACUUAUUAUCAGAAGUCUUUCUUAUAAUUCUUCUUUCCUUCACUCACAAAAAAGGUCAAAUAAAAAUCCAUAAUUCUAGAUGCCACCAAUUAAAAUAAAAAAAAGACCCAAUUGCAAAAAAAAAAAGCACUACAAUAAAAAACUAAUCCAUCUUUACCCAUGGGGAGCUGGCCGCACAAUGAGCACUCUUAGAGGGGAUAGCCCUUGUAAAGGCACCCCCAGGCAUAAAAGGGUUAAACUGCCGUUUAGGAGAUCUUCCCCUUCCAGAGAUGAAGGCACAGCUACUGUAGAACACCAAACUCACGAACCGCCAAUAAGGGAAUGCUCCAAACUCCCGAACGGCAUACAAUAUAGCACUCCAAACACACGAACUGGAACCAUACGAAUCGCUGCUAGCAGACGAAUAGGAAAAGCAUCCAAGCGGCUUACACUCCUAGCAAUCAGUCUCUAUCAGCAUUCAGUAAAUCCCCCCAAAGACGAGACAAGACUCUGUGUUGAGGGUCAAGCAGUGGUCUGUUUAAUGAGGGCUACCAGCCCAGUAUUUAUGCAGGUCUCCCACCUGGUGGUAACUCCCCUAGGCGACCAAAUAGGAGACUGUGACAAGACAGACAAGUAGACAAAUAGGACACACAGUCACAUUAUAUUCCCACAAUGCAUCCUGGCUUCCUCCCCUCUGCCUUGGAGAUAAUUGAGAAGUAAUUCAAUUAUCUCCCAAGACAAAGGCAAAUCGCCAUUAUGCAUGUGGGGAUACUAAAACAUGAAUUACUAUUAAAAUACACAGUAUGACACAAGUUACAAUAAAACUAUACAUUUAACAUGUCCCCAGAUAGCUCAGGUCUGAGCACACAUUAUUAAGCAAAUGGCGCUCAGACCACACGAAUACAGUUUAAUCGCCAUGAAGCCAAAGUCUUUACAAAGUCAGUUCUCAUACGAAUGGGCUCCAUGGGAUUCCUAUCUGGGGUAUAACAUAGUCAAGUAAAACACCCGAACUGUGUCAAUUUUUAGUUCCAUGAAUUAAGCUUCGAACACCGCUGUCUGUUCGCGUGUUUAAAAUGGCCACGUUAUACGAAUGGCGGCCACCAAGUAUUCGUCAAUUAAGCUGCGGUUAACCGCAGCUUCUGGGAGGCUAAUUGCCGGCACACUCCAGCUCCCAGGUGGUCUUGUCAUUCGUGUGGUAUAGACUUACUCGUAGGCUUAGACUGCGAUGUUCACUUUGAAUAACAGAGUUGUUUAGCACUAGACUUGUGCACAAUGAAAAAAAGAAAAAUUCAGCUGAAUCACUUCUGCUGACAAUAUAAAAUAUUCUGGACGGGUUAAUUGUGGCCAUUUGGUGGUUCGACUCGACUGAAUUUCAUUAACAAAGAAAGAUUUUGGGAAAAAAUAUAUAAGUAUAAUGUAUAAUACACUGAUAACAGCACUCAUUCUAACCUUGCACUCAAACUCCUAAUACUCUUGAGUUAGGGUCAAUGCAUAAAGAAAAUAAACACAAUUCCUAUCUCCAAUGUAUACUUUUAAAUUAUAGAGGUUUAAAUAGUUGUAGAGUGCAAGCUCAUCUGCCGAGGUCAAAGUAAACCAUUUAAGUGAGUUCUUCAGCAGCAGUUUCAUAACUAUUCACUAAAAAACUGAAUUUUUGUAGAUGAUAUCUGGACAGCAAAAUUGAGGUUUAAAUUGAUGUUUUCAUAUUACCAAAUGUUGGCAUAUAUAUUUAUUUACAAAGCUUCAUUAAAGCAGACCUUGACGAUAAUGGAGAUAUUUGUUUUUAGGCUCUCUAAACUCAUCCCUGAUCUGGUAGUUUUUUUUAAUGAAGUCGUGCUGUGAGCUUACUGCUGUUUUUGAAUAGAAGAUGCUGCAUCCUUAGGGUUUCAAACUGGGAUUUCAGCCAAGAAAUAAAAGUUGUGGCCAGCUCAGAUCCCACAUAUUAUGGUCGUUGCACUGCACUUAUUCUCCAAGGCACCACCUAACUCUUAUUUAAUAAGUUGCAGACGAGGAAAGGUUUUCUUACAUAAUCCUAUUUAUACUAUUUAUAUAAUCAACCCACUGAAUAGUGGGGAGUAGAGGAUAACUGCAAAGUGUUAGGCUUAUAUAGCCGUGCCGUGUUGGCUUAUAUGACAGAAGAAUUUCAGUCCUUCCUGAGUCCCUGAUGCCUUAGUCUGGAUAACAAAUUCAUUGUGCUCCACAUUUAGUGCUUAAGAAUGGAAUUUAUUAUAAGCAUAAAACCACAGAAUGAUUAAGAUCCCAAGGGACCGUAAGCAGAUUACCCGUUUGCCCCCCUUUUAUUCUUCACAUAGGCAUGGUUAAUGGUACCAAGCAAACACAUAGUUCUGGGGCACUUGUCCAAGCACUGGGCUUUAAACUGCUGCACAGGGGCAUCUUACUGUUAAUAACGCUUUGCAUAAAACCAUUAGUGAUGCUUAUAUUUGGUUGACUGACUAGGAGAUCAUUUGGGUUUGCUCUCGAAAAAGCGAAUUUUGCUGAUUUGAAACAGUAUUGCAAAAUUUAGGCCAGAAUAAUUGAAAAAUAAAUUCAGCUUAUUUUCCAAAGUAGCUAUUUCAGACUAGAUUUUAUUUUAAUUUUCAAUAUUUAUUCAUUGUAGUGCACAGCCCAUACUUAUGCACCCUCAUGUUAAUUUUGUAUUCCUGCAACCUGGCUUGCAUUAUACAAGUUUGCUUUGUUGUAUUUGCUCCCAGAUAAAGUUGAUGUGUUUUGUACUGUUUGCAAUUGAUAGGAUUUUUUUUGUAGGACUCAGACAUUUGCUCUGUGUUAUGAUUAGUACCCUUGGGGAUUCAACUUCACACUUCAAUAGGAAGAUCGCAAUAAGUGAUACAAAGGCCACCUGUCACUUGGAUUCCAUUUGUUCACCUUUUACAACCAUGUCUAGUCCAUUGAGAGGUGGUACAAUAAUCAUUAGUGGUCUUUGGAAUUGAUGAGUAAAACCGUUGCUACUGGGGGUUGAGGAUUCUCGUUAAUUGUUUGCCAUAUGGUUCUGUCUCAGUGACCGACUAUACAAGAGAGAAAUGUGCCAUCAGAGGUCUACCCCCGCGUCGCCCUUGCUUACCCCAUCACCGCGAGCGGCGUCUUCCGGUACCUGUCCGUGGCUUGCGGCUGUCCCCGCCGCCGCUCCCCAGACUGACAGUGUUUCUGGCACUGCACGCUCUAAGGCAGCUUCCUUGUAUGUGUGCCGGACCUGGUCCUGUGAUCUCGGCACACUGUGAUGACCUCAGAUAUCACAAGAGAGGGAAGAAACACCUCCCACGUGUUGUGAUUAACACUUACUGGAGGUUAGCCAAUCACACACACCCUGUGCGUUUAUAAGAUAACCUCCCCCCCCCCACCUCAGUACCCUGUUGUGGUCUUUACUUAGCCCAUAGCACGUUGUUCUUUGUCUUGAUAUUCUGGUUACCAAUCUUUGGCUUGUCUUCUGUUUACUCUGUCUUCUCUGCUCCCUGACCUCGGCUUGUCUCCUCGUAUUCUGUCUCACUAUUUCCUUCUGACCUAGGCUUGUACUUUGACUAUCCUUUUGUAUAACCCGGCCAUUCUAAGGACCGGUAUUGCAAUUCUGUCUGUUGUGUCCUGUCUGUGAGUUAGGGUUCCCUACAAGACAAAAUGAGACAGAGAAAGCCACUAACAAUUUAAUUUGGGUGUAUUAAAAGCAUCUAUACUAAUUCUCAUAUUAAACAAUAGUUUCCUAAUGUCCAUUUUUCCAUUGAAAACACAAGCAGGGUUUUUCACUAAAGAAAAUUUAAGGCCAAAGUAAGUGAAAUAGAAGCAGAGCUGACUUGGAUAACUUUUCCAGUUUGGAUAUUUUGGCCUUAAAUUUGAAAUUCACUUUGUAUUUCUUUUAGAAUUUCCAACAAUUCUCACCUUAGUGAAUACACCUCUGAACUUUAUCUCACUUACAUUCUGUUCUGCGUGAUACCACCUCCUACCUAUAUCAAUAUUGACAUCGGAGUUAGCAACCAGAAGUUUGUAAUGCUGUCUGUAGUUUGUCUCAUCACAAUGAUUUCUUUGUGGAUGUGUAAAGUCCCACAAAAGAUCAUAUAUAUAUAUCUCCAGAAGCAAUGUUUAAUUAUCCAAUGAAGUACAGGUAACACUUCCAUACAGUGCCAAUAAAGUGCAACAGCAUAACAGAAAGCAUUGAUGCAUUAUUACACUCAGUGUGGGACUAAAUAUCUUAUUUUAAGUGACUGGAAUAGUUAAAUAUUGUACAACAUUUGAUUCACUUUUUGCACAGAGAAAAUAAAGUAAAAAUACAGGAGUUUGCGCUUCUUGAACACAUUCUUUUUCAGAAUAUGUGUAAAACAAAAAAUAUAUAAAAAAACAAACAUACUGUGGUAUAGUCUUUUAAUUACAUUAACUGUACUUUUGGCUGAACUCGAAUUUCAGGAUUGUAAACAUGCAUCAACCGAUGUUUCUUUUCCGUUAUUUAACAAGAAGUCUGCCAAAAGUAAGACCUUUUUGUUAUACACAUCCACAGAUGCAUUACGAAGAUGCUUUUUUGUGCUUCAACCCUGUAUGAAAAAUGUAAGGACUGUAUCAGCAGUUUUAUUUCUUGUUUUUGUGCAAUUUGAAAAAAACAACGAAUAGCAGCAGUUUACAAUCAAUUACCAUAGGUUUUGAGAGUUUCUACAGGAAUUGGAUCUCAUCGCUUUUUUUUCUGGACUCUCUUUCAUUGCUUGUUAAUUAUGUGUGCUAGCCAGUGCUACCGCGUUAUGAAAUAUGUUGUCGAUUUUAAUAAAAUUGCGAUAAAAUAAAUCAUUACUUUCACAGUAAUUUACCCAAAUUAGAUCAUAACCAUUCUAAACUGUAGCAUCUCUGAAUUUAUAUCCAUUGGCUUUGAUUUAGGUUGAAUGACCUGAAUUAGCCCUAAAUUGGAUCUCACAAUCCUGGCAACGGCCCAGGAAUUAAAUCCCACAAUAAAUAAGGAAAUACAUAAUUCAGCCUGCUAUUUGCAUAACAGCAGCUGGGAAAGAAUUAACGCUUUUGAAAUCUUAUAAAAAUUAUUAUUAGUCUUGUGUCUCCAGGAGAGAGACACCACUGGUGCGAGAGAGUGCCAAUAGGAAGACUUGACCUCUCCCUCAGUCACUUUAGGAGCAUCUAGAAACCUUUUGGAAAAAUAGGCACCACAAACUGGACCUCCUAUUCCAACACUCAGAUUUAGAUUAUAAUAGUAAAGGAGGGAGGUCCACAACUUCUACAGGUCUUGACCUUCAUCUCUUGUGGGAUGGCGUAAUCAGUGCUGUCUUAACGCAUGGGCACUCUGGGCAGUUGCCUGGGGACUCCACGAGUUUAUAAGCCCCAUAGACUUGCCAACAUUCAGGAUAUUAUUCCGGGAGAUUAAUUCAGAGCCUUCAAACCCUCUUUAUUAAAGUAUCAGUUGUAUCUGUACAUGCGAUCUUGCUGUUGCAAAUACAUUUCUUGACCUUGACAAAAACAACAUACAUGUACUAAUUGUACAUAAGCAAGACAAAAUCAACUCACAUAAUUUUAUGAAGUUGUGAAGCUAUAACAAAGUUCUUCAAACAUUUUUAACAGACCAUAUCGGUUGCCUUUCCUUGCUAACUAUUAAAUGUUUGUGUGGAUUAAACUCUAUUGUACAGCAUAUUUUCUACUGUUUAAACACAGUUUUUUGUUGGCGGUACCACUAAAUAUUAUUUAUCGAUAAUUUAAAUUUUCAUUCCUAAGAGUGUUUGUGUAGGCAGGGCCCCAGUGCACUGCUUUGACGGGAGUCUGUAAUGGGAGUCUGUAAUGCUGUUAAGACCACCCUAAGGGCGUUGGGCUAUACAAUCCUCUUGUCUUUUUUUUUUUUAAUAUACUAGGAUCCAUGACCCAGUUAUUUUGUGUCAAGCACCACACUCCUCUUCUUGCUAGUUACAAGUGUCUGGAAAAUAAAUUUUAAGAUAGAUACUAAGCAGUAACAUUGUACAGCACUACGGAAUUUGCUGGUGCUAUCUAAUUAAUAAAAUUAUAAUAAUAAUAGCUAUUUCCUUGUUAAAAUAAAUGAGAAUAGAAAUUAUCCUAUGUUAAAACUAGAUUACAUGUCACCAGAACUGUGGCUAAAAUAAAAUAAAAUAAAUAAAUAAUAAAUUCUAUUAGAUAUACCCCAAUGAAGACAUGCAUAUAUUUUUCAUUGGGUGUGUAUCUAAAAACAUUUUGGAAAAGCUGCAAAUCUCUUGUCUGCAGCUUUUGAAAACCCUCCCCUUGUAACACCACCCACACUUUCUGUGUUUGUCCAAUCACAGACUUCCCAAUGCAGCUCAAUGAGAACUCUUUGCAAGGCAGGUGCUCUGGACAAUUGCUGCCUCUUGAGUUUUGCUCUACUGAGCUAACCAAACCAGGAAGUAACAGGACAUGUUGCCUGCUUGACAGCCGGGGGGAUGUAACAAGCUUCAUUUAUAAAAGUGACAAUUUCUGUUAAAACCUGCACUUUUUCUAAAAUGAAAAGAGAGAAUAAUCGUCACACAUAAAACAAUUCAGCAAGUUAAACUACAGUAAGCUGUAGCUAGUCUGGUGACUAUAGUAUCUGUUUAAUAUUGAAUUUCGUAAUUUGAUUCUUAUUAGUGCUAGUUAACUCCUAGGAGAAGGUAUAUACAGUGUACACACACACACACCUAAAUGAAAUUACCUGCUCUUAUACAGUAAGUAAAUACACACACACCAGUGGCGGAUCCAGAGCCUGAUCUCGGGAGGGGCACUUGUAGAUUAUUUAAUUAAAUAAUCCAGGCACAAAAACCACUACAGCUCAGUGUAGUAGUUAUGGUAUCAGUAGUGCCAGGAUUCCACCCCAGAGUAAGUAGUCAUACCGUUUAAGAACAGUUUGACAACUUACCUGGGGUCUGCUGGGAUAUAGGGUAUAGGAGCAGUGGUGUGUGUUAAGGGUGAAGUGUGUGAGUGCGGCAGUGUAUGUCAGGGUUGUAGUGUGUGUGUUAGGGGGCAGUGUAUGUAUGGGGGCACUGUAUGUGUUUUUGGGGCAGUGUGUGUAUGGGGGACAGUGUGUGUAUGGGGACAGUGUUUGUGGGGCAGUGUGUGUGUGUGUAUGGGGCAGUGUGUAUGGGGACAGUGUUUGUGGGGCAGUGUGUGUAUGGGGGGCAGUGUGUGUAUGGGGCAGUGUGUGUAUGGGGGACGAGGGUGUUUGGGGCAGUGUGUUUAUGGGGGGCAGUGUUUGUGGGGCGGUGUGUGCUGGGGCAGUGUUUGUGGGGCAGUGUGUGUAUGGGGGACAGUGUUUGUGGGGCAGUGUGUGUGUAUGGGGCAUUGUGUGUGUAGCUGGGGGACAGUGUUUGUGGGGCAGUGUGUGUGGGGGCAGUGUGUGUAUGGGGGCGAAUGUGUGUAUAGGGACUUGGUGUUUGUGGGGGCAGUGUGUUUAUGGGGGGCAGUGUUUGUGGGGCAGUGUGUGUAUGGGGGUGAAGAUGUUUGUGGGGCAGGUGUGUUGUAUGGGGGACAGUGUUUGUGGGGCAGUGUGUGUGUAUGGGGGCAGUGUGUGUGUAUGGGGACGUGUUUGUGGGGCAGUGUUUGUGGGGCAGUGUGUGUGUGUAAUGGGGGCAGUGUGUGUAAUGGGGGAGGAGGCUUUUUAAAUAAUAAAAAAAUUUUAUUUAAUAAAAAUAAGUGUGUGUGUAUGGUGGCAGUGUGUAUAGGGGUUGGUGUUUGUGGGGGCAGUGUGUGUGUAUGGGGACAGUGUUUGUGGGGCAGUGUGUGUGUAUGGGGGACAGUGUUUGUGGGGCAGUGUGUGUAUGGGGGCAGUGUGUGUAUGGGGACAGUGUUUGUGGGGCAGUGUGUGUAUGGGGGGCAGUGUGUGUAUGGGGGCAGUGUGUGUAUGGGGAGACACAGUGUUUGUGGGGCAGUGUGUGUAUGGGGGGCAGUGUGUGUAUGGGGGCAGUGUGUGUGUGUGUGGGACGUGUUUGUGGGGCAGUGUGUGUAUAGGGCAGUGUGUGUAUGGGGGCAGUGUGUGUAAUGUGGGGGCAGUGUGUGUAAUGGGGGAGGAGGCUUUUAAAUAAUAAAUUUUUUUUUUUUAUUUAAUAAAAAUAAAUAUUCUAUGUCCCCCUCCCUUCUUACCUUUAUUUAGGAGGAGGGGGGACAUUUCCCUGGUGGUCCGGUGGGGAAUUCAUUGGUAGUCAGGUGGUCAGAGUGAACUCUAGCCCGUGCUCCCGGGCUAGAGUUCACUUUCGCGAGAUUUGGAGCGUUGCCGUGGUAACCGCGGCAACGCUCCAAAUCUCGAGCGAGGAGGACCCGGAGGAGCUGCAGGCUGAGCUCCGGGUCCUCUCUCUCACUCUCUCCCUCUGCCGCCGGCUGUCAGCACAGUGCCUGCGGACCGGGGAGGGAGAUCUCUGAUCUCCCUCCCCGGUCUACAGGCACAUUGCAGGGCUGGCACUUGGGCAAUGCCAGCCCUGCGUUAGCCGGCGGGGGGGGAAUCUCGGGGGGGGGCAAUUGCCCCGUUGCCCCCCCCCCCCUGGAUCCGCCAAUGACACACACACACUUGCACUUUGGCAUAGAAAAGGAUUUAUUCUGAUAAUUUCUUGUAUAUAUGCCAUGAGACACACACACACACACACACACUCAACUCAAUGAAAUGACCUGAUCUUAUAUGCACACAGCCAAACACCGGUAACAACAGUAAGUGAUCUAUGUAAUUUCUUGCUAGAUAGGCUUCCUCCCUAAUCAUAGGAACUUACUUGUAAUGCAUACCAAUUAAAUAUACUUCCUUUAUACAUGUACAGACAGGUCUCUGACAUGUGUCCAUGUGUUUGUCUCCAACAUUCUGAUCUAAAGUUCUAUUAAGAGAGUUUGUAAUCUGGUGAAUAUUUAAGUGACACAUUUUGUUCCCCCGCAGCCAAGAACGGUAGCAAGAAGACAGACAAAAACAAGAAGAGUUCUGAGAAGUAUGUUUUUGGAGCCAGUGAAGAAUCGACUUUCCACGACGUCAGAGAAAGUUCGUGAGAAUCUCUGUCUCUUUCAUUGUGUUUGUUUGUGUUUGUUUGUUUUAGUUAUGGCACAGUGAGGCAUUGUGAUGAAUAUAUUUUCUUGAUGUAAAUUUACAGCAAGGCACAUGCAAAAUGGUAUUUUCAAAGGAAUUUAUUACAAUAAGAAUCAUUGAUUUAAAGAUAUAAAGAAGAGCUAUUUCAAGCAUCUAGACAACAGUAACCUGAGAAAGAUAAUAAAAUAACAGCGAACCCAGAUGUCAUGUGCGUGGGCUAUAGGCCCAGCCGAGACAGUGGGGAGAGUGUGGAAGUGACAGGGUUAAUUAUUAUUAUUAUUAUUAUUGCCAUUUAUAUAGCGCCAACAGAUUCCGUAGCGCUUUACAAUAUUAUGAAAGGGGAUUUAACUAUAAAUAGGACAAUUACAAAUAAGCUUACAGGAACAAUAGGUUGAAGAGGACCCUGCUCAAUCGAGCUUACAUUCUAUAGGAGGUGGGGUGUAAAACACAUUAAUGACACCAGACCCCUGGUUACCUGUUGCUAGUCCCAGCAACCACUCAAUUAACCCCUGCAAUCCCUUCUACACUAACUCCCUUAGUACACUUGACUGCCACCACCAAGACUUUUAAACCCGGGCGUCUUAGGUUACCCCACACACAGGAGAAUUAUAGUAUCACCGUUCUACUUUUACUGAUAAAACAUAUAUAGUUAACCCUUUUUGGUAACGUGUUUACCUGAGCUUUCCUCUGGAGAGUGAAGCUCAUAGAGAACAGAGACACAAGCUGAUUAAGUAAACAUUUAAUCUGACAAAAAGGAUUCACAGUGCUGAGUACAAAAUACAGAAAUAAAUGACAUACAGAUAACAAAUUGCAAAACAGUACAUAAAAUAAAAUAGGAGAAAACACAAGAAAUUCCUUACAUAUAUUUACCCCAUAUAGAAUUCUUGUGGGAGUCUUAGAUGGUAUAGGUCUCCUAGAAGUUACUGACAAAAAGAAAAAUGAAUAACUGACUUCCCUGGAUAGUCCAACACCCUCAUAUAUCUAAACUAGUUGUUUCUCAGUGGGCAGACCCCUGGGGGGGGGAUCAGAGGGGGCUGGUCUGGCAGUCUAUUGCCCACUCUAUGAAAUUCCUUGUGUCCAGCUCUGGUGAUGGCUAUCUAGAUGUUUUAUGGUCUAGGCCUGGUGCAAGAUCAAAGACCAUAAUAAACGUCAUCCCAAGGUUUACACAAAAAACAACUCUUAACAUAUAUAAACACACAUCAAACACCAACUCAUGCUUUUGGCAUGACACCUCCCCCUUAAGAUGGUGGACAGAAAAAUUCAGCCACAGGCUGAUUUAUCUGUCUACCAUUAACCCUCUAGUUGCCGAGACAGGCCAUCUGCAUUCCCAUGCAAGCUGCCCUUUUUGUGCCGGGCAGUGAAAUUAUACUGUUGGAGGAUAGGGCUCCAAUGGAGCAGUUUAUCAUUGUUACCUGUCACCUGCAGCAGGUUGUGAUCAGUCCAUACCACAGCUACACCCUCAACAAACAUGCCUGAUUUGCCUGUUUCAAUUUCCCAUCGAUCUCUGGUAACAUCCCUUAAACCACACCCACUGCGCUCAUGUAGUAGCUGUAAGGGGAAGAAACCAAUGGAUUUCUGCAGCACUCCCCGGUAAGCACACAAAAAAGCAGACAGAGAACACCCCCAGGAUAGAUGCACUGUAUCAACACCCAUCAUCUCUUUCAUUUUGCGGUCUGUCUGCUGGGCUUGUUGCACUAUCAGACUCUGAACCUUUGGUUCACAAUCAGAAAGUUGCUUAGGUGUAUGCGUGAGUUGUGAUAAACUGACAAGGUUCCUUGUUCCUCCAACAGUAUGUUUCCCUGCAGCCAUCCUUCCUGGACCCACAAGCUGAGUCUGUCUGUGCCGCUCACUUUCACUCCGGGUCAUCACACAUACCGAACUUUGGAAACUGGCUAAGUCUGGCGCAGAGUAAAGCUCACACACCCUCUGCCCUCCCUCAUAGCCUUGCUGUCCCUUCACAUUUUCACCCACCACAUCACAUACAUCUGCUUCAGGCACAUAUUGGCACAUAUAUUCAUUCAGCCCCCUCUCGCUGGAAGGCUUUUCCCAUACAUUUUCACAGGACACAUUUGACCCCCUUGAUCAGAUACAGAAUUUUGCACACACUCGCAUAAUUUCUUCUCCAAGGCAGGCCAUCCUCUCGCAAUCUCACAUAGCCCCUCAGACUCUGCAGCCGUGACCCACUGCUGACUUGUUACCACUGCUGACUUGAUACUCUGGCUCUCACCUUCCUCCUCUCCCUUACUCUCUGACAUCCCAGCCUCACAGUAUUUUAAUACAGGCACAUCACUACUCACCCCUAUCUCACAUUUGGUAGACAUCACUGGUUCAGUUACAGGUAGAUCUUUAUCCACACCCUGCUCUCCCUCCCAGCAAUCACACUUCACAAUGUCUCCCAAAGUUUCACACAAUACCUUAGGUGGAGCAGUCAUCCCUUCUGGCUCACAAACAGUGUCCGCUGGAGCAUAGUGACAGAGCAUCCUGCCCAAAUCAUUCCCCAACAGAACAUUAACAGGGAUAUCCUCUGAAAUCCCCACUUCCCGCAAACCUUUGCCCGCACCCCAAUCAAGGUACACACGUGCCAAGGGCACAGCGGGGCAUACACCCCCAAUUCCUUUGAUGGACAUGGUUCUUCCAGGGAUUAUGUCCUCCGUAUUCACCACUUCAGGUCGCACCAGGGUGAAGGAAGCUCCAGAAUCUCUCAGUCCCAUGGUCACUCGGUCACCCACAAUUACACUCUGCAGGUUAUCCUCUUGUUUCCCCACGGACCCACCCACAAGCAAUACUGAUGGUGCCCCUCCACAGACUGGUGAGGGCAUAUUCCUAGUGGGGCAAGUCCUGCUCAGAUGACCAAUCUGGUUGCAUCGAAAACAAUGGCGGGCAUCUGACUCACUUGACAUAGCCCCGGCUACGCUGGCAGUCGGCGGUGAAGUUCUCACUGCAGAUCUUACAGGUGGUGAUUGAACUGUAGCUUCUCUCCAGGUCGAAGUAGCAGCUGACACAAGUCCACGCCUGGAUGUGGGUGCAUGGAUGUCGGCAUAGUCAUCUGCCAGUUCUGCAGCAGCCCUAGCAUUUUUUGGCUUUCUUUCCAAAAUCCACGCUCGUACAUUAGGGCUCCGGGUCUGCAAGAACUGCUCCAGGACCAGUAAGUCAUUAAGGGCUUCAUAGGUAGUAGCUUGUACUCCUGUUACCCAUUGCCGGAACGUGGUUUCUAAUUGUGCAACAUAUAGAAUGCAGCUGGAUGAUGGGCAUUGCUGCAUACUUCUAAACUUUUUCCUGUAAGACUCAGGAGUAAGGUUAAAAGUUUUUUGCAAUGCAGAUUUGAUUGCCUCAUAGUUGUUAUCAGUCUCUGGGGGAAGGGACACAAACACAUCCAAGGCUUUCCCUUUCAGUUGUGGAGUUAAAUAUCUGCCCCACUGGUCUGAGGGUAGUUGAUGCUGCCUGCAUACUUUCUCAAAACCUUUUAAAAAUACAUCCAAAUCUGUCCCUUCUUCGAGGGAAGGAAAAUCAUCCUUACGGAGCCUAUGUGUGCUGGACUCUGAUGCAUUGCUGUUCAGUGAGGACUGAAGGGUAAAUUGCAGUUUAGCAAGUUCCAGCUCAUGUCUCCUUUGUGCCUCCCUUUCGGCUAGCCUCUCUGCAGAUUCCCUUUCUGCAGCCUGCUGUUGGAUCAUCACAUGCAGGGCCUCCUGAGGAUUUGCAGCCAUCAGUUGCCGAAAUAAAUCGGUUGAGCAAAUGUCCUUAAUGUUUUGAGGGGUACAACCACCAGGCAUUUCAGUAAGCAACACUCCUGCAGUAGUAGGGAGCUCGGUAACCAUUUCAGUGUCCGUCUCUGGCUGGAAAAUAUGGCUGUCAGCCUCCACAAGGUCAGCAUUAAGUUGUGCCUUAUUUUUGCCAAAAGUUGGUAAAUUCUUUUCUUGGCACAACAAUUCCAAGGCCUCUUUUGAUUGUUUGCGAUAGGCCUCCAUAUUCACAAAUCGGAUAGAGAAAGAAAAACAAAAGAUGGGAGGGGAGAACUGUUUUGCAAUUUGUAUGUAUUUUAAAUCAGCACUGAGCUUGGUCUUUGGAAAUUACACAAAAACAAGUAUGCAAUUUCUUUUAGUGCUAAGACCCCCUUUACAGGUAAAAUCUAGCAAGCACUAAAAAUCUCUAAAUAUAUCCCACUAGCUGCCGCCAGUUUGUCACGUGCGUGGGCUAUAGGCCCAGCCGAGACAGUGGGGAGAGUGUGGAAGUGACAGGGUUAAUGACACCAGACCCCUGGUUACCUGUUGCUAGUCCCAGCAACCACUCAAUUAACCCCUGCAAUCCCUUCUACACUAACUCCCUUAGUACACUUGACUGCCACCACCAAGACUUUUAAACCCGGGCGUCUUAGGUUACCCCACACACAGGAGAAUUAUAGUAUCACCGUUCUACUUUUACUGAUAAAACAUAUAUAGUUAACCCUUUUGGUAACGUGUUUACCUGAGCUUUCCUCUGGAGAGUGAAGCUCAUAGAGAACAGAGACACAAGCUGAUUAAGUAAACAUUUAAUCUGACAAAAAGGAUUCACAGUGCUGAGUACAAAAUACAGAAAUAAAUGACAUACAGAUAACAAAUUGCAAAACAGUACAUAAAAUAAAAUAGGAGAAAACACAAGAAAUUCCUUACAUAUAUUUACCCCAUAUAGAAUUCUUGUGGGAGUCUUAGAUGGUAUAGGUCUCCUAGAAGUUACUGACAAAAAGAAAAAUGAAUAACUGACUUCCCUGGAUAGUCCAACACCCUCAUAUAUCUAAACUAGUUGUUUCUCAGUGGGCAGACCCCUGGGGGGGAUCAGAGGGGGCUGGUCUGGCAGUCUAUUGCCCACUCUAUGAAAUUCCUUGUGUCCAGCUCUGGUGAUGGCUAUCUAGAUGUUUUAUGGUCUAGGCCUGGUGCAAGAUCAAAGACCAUAAUAAACGUCAUCCCAAGGUUUACACAAAAAACAACUCUUAACAUAUAUAAACACACAUCAAACACCAACUCAUGCUUUUGGCAUGACACCAGAUCUAUUCAGAAUAAAGUACAGGAGCUUCCAUUCAGAUCAAUGGAAGCAACCACUGCUAUUGUGAGCAUGUAUUAGUGAUUUUACAUUGGCUCGUCUGGAUAUCCAUUGCGCAUGCACAAUGAUAUAUGUACCCAUGUCCAGAGCUUCUUUCAUCUGUUGGAAAAGAAGAUAAGGGGUGAGCUUAGAAGGUCACCAACUUCCUGAAUGCUAUUGACAUCAAAACAGACUGCAUAUCUCUUAGGGCAGGGAUAGGCAACCUUCGGCACUCCAGAUGUUGUAGACAACAUCUCUCAUGAUGCCCUUACAGUGAUAAUACUGGCACAGAUUCAGGAGAGAUUUAGUCCUGAACAUCUGGAGUGUUGAAGUUUGCCUACCCCUGUCCCCCUGUCCUAGGGAUAAUCUGCAAAGAGGAGUCAUGCAGUUUGUCUUUCCUAACUGCUGCUUUGAGAGGGUUAGGAGUACAACGGAUUACCUGGCACCCCGACUGGGUACCUCCGUUGAAGGAUGCUCCUAGCGCUUUCAGAGGGCUCCAAGCAUCCACCAGACACCACAACCACAGCAGACCCCACAAACCGCCGUAGCUUGGUUGGGGUCUCACCGUCUCCUACCCACCCUGGACCUGGUACAAAGCAACAGGCUCCAGUGGGUGAACCUCUCCUCCAAGAGAGGGAAACAGGAACAAGCUCUUAAAAGAGCUUAGUAGUGAUUAGCUAAGGGAGUAUGCAGAGCAUUGCUAUCCCUUGUAGUGAUAUAGCAAUUCCCCCAAUAAGAGACAGGACUCUAGAUUGAGGGUGAAGUAGAACUCUGUUUUACUUGGCACCAAAGGGCCUUCUUUUAUGCAGAUUUAACACAUACAGGACCGCCCACAGGGUUUUACAGAACAACCAAUAAACACGUAGUAUACAGUACAAACACUCCCAUCAAUUACACACAAACCCUCCCCUCUGCCAGUGAUUUAAUUACUGAACACAAUGGGUUAAAGUAAUUAUCACAGGCAGGAAAAAUAUACUUUUUACACAUACAUUGUAACUUUCAAAAUAUACAUUCAAUUUUCACAAACAUACAUACAUUUUCAGAACCAGCAUACUUGAAAUAUAAACAUAGCCAAAAUUCAGCCAAAUCCGUCCAGUAUUUAAAAAGUUGUCUGGAAGUCCUUCAUGACCGACCGCAAGCACAUUUUCAUGCCCAAAACAGUUCCAUGGAUUUGGGCUGUGCGGUCCGUCUAUUUUACACUGAUAAAAUGACUAAGUCCCAUUCGAGCAAGCAUUUGAAUCUUCAAACGGCACUUAGUCUCUGUGGCUGAAUACUCAGUGCAGGAGAAGGUAAGGGUCAGCGGUGUUCAAUGAAAUGUGUAGCCGAUUUCAGUUCCAUGGAUUUGGCUACACAUACUGCUGACCUCGUUCGAAUGAACAAAGAUGGCCGCCGCCACCCAGCGGUAGGCAAUUUACCUACAGCAGUACAACACUUACAGCAGUACAACACUUCCACUUCUGGGGGGUCCACCUGUUUGGUACUUGGUUCAGUAAGCCCCAUUUACUGAACCAAGUGUAAAGAAGCCAUGAACAAAGUACUCUAUCCAAGUCUGGGGACCCUGGGGACACAGGCUUAAAGGGGCAGUGUCACAAACACGCCUGGGGACACAGCCUUAAAGGAGCAUUGUCCCAAUUUUCCCCAUGUCCCCAAAAUGUGCUUAAAGGGCCAGCACCAGUCCAGUGAAAGUCCAUAAGCCCCCAUAAUGUUCUUAAAGGGCAAACACCCCCGGGCCAUAGUCGCAUGGCAGGAGGCUGGCAAACAGCCCCUCCAAAAACCAGUGGAGAGGUCACUUUCGCCACAAGUAGCGACAGCUAAGUAGAUGCCAUUGCAUAGUGAAGGAGUAGGACUCUGUAAAUAAUUUUUCCUGGAAGUAUGGCAGAUUAACAUGGACCUAAGACUAUUAAUAAAUAUAUUGGUUCUAUGCCCUGGUCUACAUCCCAAUCUUACAGGUUGAGUUCAUUCUUUUCCCUUUUCCCUGGAUUUCAGAGAAUACAUUUGAGCUGUUGGGUGUUAUUUUUACUGACACUAUCGUGCACAAGUGGCAGGCAUGAAAUAACAAAAGUUAUUUUAAUUUUAUUAUUAGUGAUUUUUCCCUACAUCCUCACUCAUAGAACAUCACAGUGCUGGUUAUAGUUUUUUUUACAUCAUCACUACGGGAAUAAAUAAAAUGGUUAAAUCACAGAUUAUUUUGUGAGAAUACAAAAAUUCCAUGUGUUCAUUUAAAACUAAACUAAGAGUCUGAGACACAUUGGCAAAUUAUUAAAAUAUUCUAUAUGUGGAAGCUCCCAUCCAUAAACAGGAGGCUUCUCUAAGCUAUGUAACAAAUCUUACAUACUGUAUUACUCAAUCUGGAUACUUGCAUGCUGUUACAUAGAUAUCUUAGGUGGGUUGCUAUUCUGAGGGCAAGUCAUUCUUGGCUUGAUCCUCUGAGUGCUGGAACACGCCAAUUCCACUGGCUGCCUCUAAUGAACAUAUUGACAUGUGUGGGUGCUGGUGUAAUGCACAAUAAUAAUACGGAAUGCCAAGAUGACGAUGAUGAUGAUGAAAUCAGCAGGAUAUGUUUGUUCCACAUAUAUUGCACCAAAAAUUAUAAUUGACAUGAUGAAGAAAGGGGGAAGAUGAUGCCUGGUGGAUUGGUUAGUCUGAGAGAGAAUUGCACAGAAGCUUGAUGUUGAAUUAUAAAUAUACCUGCUCUUAAAUUCAUACCUGCCUGGGUGAUGCUUCCAAUUAGGGAGAGAAGGAAGCUCCCAACACUCUCCAUUCUAUGGUUGGCACUUAACCCCUUCAGGACCAUUGACAUAGCAGGACAUGAAGUGUUAAGGCCCAGGAUCCCAUCUUUGUUCUGCCCCUUUCUGUAUUUUGAGCUAAUGGACAGACAAAUAAAUGGUAAUUUAAUCACAGGGAUGAAGUAUCUAAUUGGAGUGUGGGUUCUAAUAUUUUAAAAUCUGUUUUCUGCUGGGAAUAACAUAAACUGACAAGAGAUAACUAGAAAGAGCCUUUUCAAAUUCUAUUGGAAGAAGGAAAAUAUUUAACAGCAACAAAAGCAGCCAGGAUUAUAGUUGCUGACUAAAUGUUGUGUUCUAUAUAUGUAUGAGGCACAUGUGUAUUAUAUAUAGAUAUUGGUCAUAUUGUUGAAAUAUUUUUGAUGUAGUUAGAAUUGGGGAGAGGCCAGUGAAACACAUCUAUCCGUAUACACUCAUCUAAACACAGGCCUAGGAGCAUACACAAACACAAAUACAUUGCACAGGUUACUCAGAUACAUCCAGCCACCCAGUCUCAUACCGUUACCCAGUUACCCAUCCAGCCACUCACCCAGUUAUAUAAUACUAGUCACAUUCUUCUCAACCUGUCCCUUUCACCUAAGUAGAAUAUCGUCAUCUAUUCACUCACCUAGGAACAUACAACCACCAUCUGUUACAUGCACCAAUUUCCCAUGAAUUUAGGCAGACACAUCAUUAUUUCUACUACACUUUUGGACUCCUGCUAACAUCCUAUUAUAACCAAGGAGUUGAAGACAAUGUGAUAGUUCCCAUGUUCUCUCACCCAACCUAUAGCAUAUAGCAAAGAGCUAAAUCCAUUUCUCCUGCAAUUCCCAAUAACCACAGGGACCUUCUCAAUGGUUCUUCUAUCAACCAAUCAACCAACCAAAAGGGAGCCACCAUGUACCUCCUAUUUCAAUAAAGUGUCCACCUGCCACGGUAUCAUGCCUGCAGACAUGGUGGCUUCAUAAAAAGUGCAGUGAAAAUCUACCCAUCUCCUGUAAUUCCUCAGCUUAUAAUGGUAGCAUUUUUAUACCUGAACGUUUCACUCAAAUAGCUAGCACAUUCUAAACCUGUUUCCUAUCUCUAUUGCAAAAACCCACAGUCAAUUAAACUGCCAAACAUAUUUUAUAUCAAUAGAACAAAUUUUAUCUAUUCUACAGACAUUGAGUUAUUAAUGCCCCAGACCUGUUUAGGAGCUGAUGAUGAAUUUAUUCCCUGAGCAUAAUCAUUGUGAACUGUUAAUGAACUUUAUGAUUCCACAUAGCCUCCAGAUUUCUGAGGAGGUGAGAUGUUGCAACGGUUAAAGUUGAAUUUUAAAAAGGUGGAAUAGAUUAACGGCCCUGUCAUAUCUUAAAUCUCCCCCCUGCUUACUUUUCACUUAUCAUACUCAAAAUAUCUUCCAUAAAUAUAUCUUUUGGCACUGACAACUGAAUAAGUUCCUCAGUUUACCAUAUAUAAAGGCAGAACAUGGUCAACUGAAAAAAAAUGACCCUUGUAAAAUAAAUAUAAGUCCAACUGUGUUAGAUAAUUGUGUUAUAUAAUAAUUAUAAACUCAACCUCCUUAGUUUUCCUUUUAAAAGAAGUGGGUUUAUUUACUAAGCCAGUUGUAAGAAGUGGGUUUAUUUAUUUAGUAAUUGUGGAAAACUAUUGAAACACAACAUUAAGGCCCAAUUCGGCUAAUUUUUUAAAUGAGUUUUGGCCUAAAUAUAGCAAUUGUAAAACAGUCUCUAAACAAUUAUCAUCAUGAAUGUUUCUAUAUGCACAAUGACAAAACGAGUGUGUGAGGUUAAAACGUUAACAAAACUGGUAUUUAAUCAGUAACAAAAAACUUCAACAUAUUCAUUUUAAAAACAUAUCUUAAAAUAAAUUAGCAGACAGGGGUCUCAAAGUUACACAUUGAUAACGUAUGUAUAUUGUAUUCCAGCUCAUUGAUUUUAGCUUCUCUUACAAAACUUUUUGUUCACGUAAUUGUCUCUGUGGAAGGGGCUGAACCAAAAGAUUGAAAUUUUGUAUUAAAUCUUUUCCUGUAUUGACAUUUAGUCCUUUAACCCCUUAAGGACCAAACUUCUGGAAUAAAAGGGAAUCAUGACAUGUCACACAUGUCAUUUGUCCUUAAGGGGUUAAUUCAAUACAUAUUGUGAUAUGCAUCUGUAGAAUAAACAUCUUUGGCAUUUAGGGUACUGACCCCAUCUCUCCCAACAACUCCACUAACCUUCCCCAUUGCUCCACAGCUGCUCUUAAAUUGGUCAAGAAACAUUUUUUAUGCUGGGACUGCGAUAAUUGUUUCUGCAUCUCACAAAAGGACUAUUAAUGCCACCCUCCCUCUUAAUUUACUGUACGAAGCUCAAAGUGCAGUGGCUGCAUUCUAUCUACCUGCACGAUGUAGUAGGGAUUUGCACACUGCAGUGCUUUUAAUUCAAUCUGUAUUAGCCCUGUUUAGUUCAUAUAGUAUGUAUAUUUAAAAAAAAAAAUUCAGUUUCAAUUUAAGACAGUGAACACUUAAUAAAUACAAUUUAAAAAAAACCCUUAACAAGAAUUUUUACGCUCCAUUGAUUAAUGUAAAAUGUUGACAGGAGAAUUUUAACUUAUACUAUGGAGAUUAUGUGUAUGGAUCAAUUAUGGGGCAACAUUCUGAAAGUGGAGCAAUCACUAUGGAAACCAAUGGCAUAUUCCAUAUUUUGUCUGACAGAUACUUUUUAUACGUAACUAUUUAGAUGUUAGAAUAACAACAGCUUUUAUUAAAUGUUCUGUAUGAUAUCUUGUGAAAUAACAUUACGUAAAUUCGAGUAACUAUGUUUAAAAUGUACAAUUCUAGUUGCAGACAGACUGUGUAGCAGAGCAUUAUUUUUGGCAGGGUUCAUUGUAGGUUUUAUUCUGCAUCUUAUGUCUGGGGCAGUAGUCGUGAUUUCAGCGUUAAGCUAAUAAUUCAAGUGACUGCAUGCUAUAUUAACUUGGCUAAGCAACAAUAGAAUAUUCCAAAUUUAUCAAGAAAAAAACAGCCUGAUAAGACAUUCUCUUUGCAGUCUGGGGACUUUUCAGGAAAUAACUCUCUAGUGAGUUCAUGCCACAUGUGUUUAAGUGCCAGCAUUACCCGAAAAUAUCUUUCCAUUAAACACUUUAAAGCGAUAAUGCAUAUACAUUCAUAUCAUUUUCACCUAAGCAAGCUAUGGGAUGCUUAACUGGUACUAUGUUUUAAAGAGACUGUGUAACCUUCUGGAGGCUCUGCAUAUUUUGCAAAGGCCCCCAAUGGUGACAUCCCCACUCAGAUUGCAGUGGCCUAGUCCAACAGGGGAUGUUAAGUUUACAUAUCUGAAGCUGUCCAUGGCAGCGGCCGCCAUUCCCAUCUGGUGUAUUUUUUUUUGGUGUUUUAUCUACCAGUAUCCCAUGUCAGUACUGUACUCUUUGUAAUGUGCAAGAGUACAAGACUGAUGUCUACGGAGGAUCCCUUGAGAUCACAGGAACCUCCAUAGACAAUGCCUCGAAGAAGAAGGUCCAGGCAUGCAAAUGCUUUAGGGCACUUUUUUUUGGAACCAGCAGAAGAACACAGCAAUGUUUCGACCCUAUUCUUGGUUGAAACGUUGCUGUAUUGUUCUGUUAGUUCCAAUAAAUGUGUCUUAAAGCAUUAGAGUGCAUGGACCUUCUUCUUUGAAACCUAUGUUCUGAUGGGCGAAUGCUGGUCCAUGGUCUAACUAAGCAACUAAUUGGCUUGUGGAUUGAGUGCAAUUCCUGUUACCUACUUUUUUCCUCAUUAUUGACUGGAGGAGGUAGCUUUGCCUCUUGUCAAGAUUUGUCAAUGCUGGAUCUUACUUUGUCUUGUGAUAUCUGUUGACUGUGUUGAAAUUUUAGUGAAAUUCCAAAACAGUAAAUGCAAGUAUUUUAUAAAAAUGUUAUCUUUAUGAAAUACUCAUUUUUGUUCAGUGGGGGAGGAGAAGGGAGGGAUUCACAGAGCCACUUUAAUAUCUGCCAGUUAUUAAGCAGAAGGCCGUCCAUGUAUUGCUUCACAACUAAACCCUCAUUGGCGGUUACGGGUGACAAAAGACUGUAUUGCAUAGAAUAUAUAAUUUCAUCAGUCAUUCAGAGUCUGUAAUUUGCACAGUGUGUUCUUUGAAACUCUAGGAUAAUGAAAAAUAUAAAGAGUAUAUUUAACAUUCUAAAUGAUAUUAGUUCUGAUGACAGAUUCGCUUAAAGUCAAAGUUUGCUUACUACAUGGUUUUUGUGUGUAUAUUGUAUGUUCUCCACUAGUUGUACAGCGCUGCGGAAUCUGUUGGCGCUUUAAAAAUACCAGUAAUAAAUAAAUAAAUAAUACAACAAGUAAACAUUAUGUGUAAUUUAACAGGUUGUCCUCCUCUUGGAUUGGAGACUUUAAAAGUAACAGAUUUCCAGUUGCAUGCCUCGACUGUGAAGCGGUACGGAUUAGGAGCACACCGUGGCCGUCUAAAUAUUCAGGUGAAUUCUCAUGCUACAGAUAAAAUCUCUUUCUCUUGUACACAUAUGUCAGAAUGAUGAAGGUGCUCGUUAUUCUACCUGUAUUCAUAUCAGAAUUUUCAAAAGACUAAUGAUGACUUGUGGUACAAGAUUUAUAGUUCAGAAAGCAAAUGAAGUGACAGGCAGUGAUGUACGUUUGAGAUUGUAGAUAAGGCUAUUUUUUUUUCGUUUUGCUCACGGCAAAAAUCACAUAUUCAUGCAUAUUUUUCAUUAGAAAAAUCCUAUUUUUUUCUUUAAAUUGUCACACAGCUCAACAAAAAUGACUAUGCUAAAAUUAAAUUAUCUUGCACCCAUGUGCCUAAUAAAAAACAUUGCUUAGACACCGACAUAUUUAUUCUUUAUGCGAGUUUCAUGCACCCAUUCAUGUACAAUGUAUUUUACCAUGUGCGUACGAGAAAAAAAUAUAUUUGCUAUAGAUAGGCAGUUAAAGAGAGAAAACCAGCAUUUUUCUUGAACAGUGCUCACUAAGUCAAAAAGUGGUUACUGCCUUUUUUAUUCCGAAGAUGACAUUUUUGCCGGUCCCUACUUGAAACAUUACAAGAAAUUCAGUGCUAAUGAUUUUGCAGCCUGGCUAGAUCUUUGGUUCUUAAUCACUGGUUGGAACCUAUAAUUCAGUGCUAUUACCGUGGGUCAUCAAUUUUUGGACCAGGCACAUAAUAUCUAUCAGGUUUCAGGGUAUAAAGUCCAUAAUAAUAUUUUUAUAAAGUCCACACGUUGUUAAAUGUGAAUGCAGAAUUUUCAGCAUGUCAGUGAACAGUAUUGAGAAACAUAUAGAUAGAGAUAGAGAAGAACAUCAAUGCACAUGUGACCCUCAGUUCCUAGGUCACUCCCUCCAGAUUACAAGAAAGUGAAAGUAUGCAGUGUCAGGCUAGAUAUAUAACAAUCUGUCACUUCAAAUCUAUUUUUAAUGUAAUAAUUCUUUUAGUGAAUUUUGAAAGGAAAUAGGUCCUUUGUUAAUUUCAGUAUAUGUAAAGAAAAUGACAAAUUCAUUGCUACCUGUAGCGUAUGACAGCCAUAUACUUCUACCUUGGGGUAGACAGUGCUUGAAUCCAGCAGUUAGUCUUUAUGGUCUUCUAUGCUUUACUCCCUGCACAGAAACAGGGUUAGACCAUAGAGACGAAUUGUGGGUAUUCAAACACUAUCUGACCGAGAGCCAACCCAAGACAUUGUACUGCCUGGUUCCAAGACUCACAUGUUGUCCUCCCCCCCCCCCUCCAGUGAUGCACGCGCACACAAGCACAAUGGCGCAGACACACAUAUACAUCUGAUGCUCGUCUCCAAGACUUCUCCAGGGCUGCACCUUUUCUGUGGAACUCCCUUCUCCGUUAGACUUUCACCCGGUCUACACUUCUUCAAUAUCUAUUUCAUCACCCUUACUUAUACCCUUUGUGUCACUAUACCCCACUCUUCUAGCAUGUAAGAUCAUUGAGCAGGGCCCUCAACCCCUUUGUUCCUGUGCAUCCAUUUGUCUGGUUGCAAUUACAUGUCUGUUAGUCCACCCAUUGUACAGCGCUACGGAAUCUGCUUGUGCUAUAUAAAUAAUAAAAUAAUAAUAAUAAUAAUGUACCCCCCCCAUUUUCUUCCAUGUCUCUUUUCCCAUCUUCCAUUAGUCUCUCUCCUCCUUACAUCCAUAUCUCUCUUCCCCCUUCUAUGUUUCUCUUCUCCCUUACAUAUCUCUGCUCUCCUCCUUCCAUGUGUCUCUCCGUAUUCAGCUGUGUGGAAGUCAGCUGCUGCCAUCACAGAGCCUUUGCUCGCACUGCUUGGUGUCCUCAUCUUCCCUGCUGUUUUACUUGUCAGGGCAGAGGACGGGGGCCCUUGAUUUCUGAUCUGCUGCCUGUCGCUUCAGACUGAGUGCUGGGUUUCACGUGACACAGAGCAUGAGGGGGGAGGCGCUCUUGUGCAAAUUUGGUGUUCCAAAAAAUGGGUCUGGACACGGUGAAGAUGGCACACUGGCCUCCCCACCUCUUAAGGUGCCGUUUGGGCCAUGGCCACAACUAGACAUAUUGUAGAGCUGUCUCUGGUUUAACCAAAGGUGCAUGUACAUGGCUGAAGGAUCCUGUCAUACACUAAAAGUUGAGAUGAGAUUUUCUUGCUUUUGCAUAUAUUUCAUUUAACCCCUUAAGGACACAUGACAUAUGUGACAUGUCAUGAUUCCCUUUUAUUCCAGAAGAUUGGUCCUUAAGGGGUUAAAAUAUAUAUUUCCUUUCAAAACUUGAUGAAUGGAUUACUAUAUUAAAAAAAUUAUUUUGAGGUGACAGUUGUACUUUACUAAGAAUGGUUCUAAGUUUCAGUUUAGGUAGAUGAUCACUCAUAAUUAAAACACAAGCUAAAAAAACUCCUACAUACUCACAUUAGGCCCUCCGCAAUUCCUGCAGCUCGAUCGUGUAGUAAAAAUGAGUCAAUUAUAAGUCCACUAUGUUUAUUUAUGACAGGCGGGGGUGAAUGAGAACGACCUGUAUGAUGGAGCAUGGUGUGCUGGGAGAACUGAUAUACACCAGUGGUUAGAGGUUGAUGCCCGGCGGCUAACUAAGUUCACGGGACUCAUUACUCAAGGGAGAAACUCACUCUGGCUGUAAGUAUGUCAUUCCGAUUUGCUUCCUUAAUUAACAUAUAAAAUAUGUAUUUUCCAAGUAACCUUUGCCUUGAUGAUGGCUUUUUUGGUGGAAAACUAAUCGGCACUGACUUCGAUUUUCCAAAUGCUUUUUAGAGGAUUAGGCCUUUAUUAGCCUCUUGUACCUUACAACUUUUUAACGUACACAAUCUGAAAAGUAUGUUUUAAUAAAAAAGUUAAGUAAUUGGGUCCACUUUAUUUUAAAUGACUUUCAGAGUUUAAUAGAGAAAUGAUUCAGUCAUAUCCUUUAGCGUGCUUAGGGGAAGAUUUAUCUAGAAUAAUACAGGUGCUAUUCUGGAACAAAGUACUAAUGUCCAGAGACAUUCUAUUGGUUUUCCUGGUGACUGGACUUUUUUUUUUUAGCACUUUUCCCACGAUGUGCAGCUGUUUUUACUUUGAAAAUCUCUCUCUUCAUGUCUUUAGCCACUCAUAUAGAUUCUCAUGUUGUAGGCAACACGCCUUUAGGAGUCCAAGAGACCCCCAUAUUCCUGUAAGGGAGUUUUUAUAGACCCCUUAUACCCUGUGAAUCUUUAUUUGUACCUCACUAGCUUGAUUUGCUACCAUGAGUUUUAAUCAAAUUGCUUUUUAAUUGUGAAUACUUUUUGCUGGAUUUGCUUUCAAUUUCUAAUUAAUGAAUGGGAAAUUAGUGUUAGCGAAAUGUUGAAGUGUGUUUAGCACUGCAUCUAAAACAUUUGAAUCAUUAUUCUUUAUAUAAGCUACAUUGUAACUGUUCUUUCUCUUUUAUUAGCAUAGAAGUUCAUGUCUGUACAUGCAAAGUGUUAUUAGCAAACCAAUUUUUAAUCGAAAGCUGAACACCCUCUGCUGCGGCUAAGAUAAUGCUGAUACCUUAAAUCUAUAUUUUCUGUGUAAAUCCAUCCAAAUUUACAUGGUGGUAAUAGCAAGUGCUGGAGGUGGCUUAGCACAGCCAACAGCCUAUCAUGUCAUCCAAAUUUAGUUGAAAUUAUAUUUAUAAUACAGUAGUGAAACAUAUGCAUUAUUUCUGUGGCAGAGGGGUACAAUUUUGUUGUACAUAAUAAAUAAACUGUGUAUCUUGGUCAAAAUGUUAAAGGAACAUUAUCGUGUCAGGAAUACAAACAUGUAUUUCUGACACUGUAGUGCUGGAAUACAGCAUUAGGUCCCUGGCUCCCUCUCUCAUGAGAGUGAAGAUUACUUUAUUCACCUUUUAUCCCACGCCAUACUGGUUACCUGGCUCAGUCUCCAUGGCUGAGAUUAUCAGUUUUAAAGAUCUCAGCCAAUACUGUGCUUUCACAUAGGAAAGUUUUGGGAGGCUAUUGCACAUGCGAGGCAAAACGCUGCACUAAUCAGCAUCAUUAAUUGUAGUGGUUCUGGUGACUUUGGUGUCCCUUCAAAGUAUAACCCCAUUGCAGUGGCGGACUAAGGGGGGUGGAGGGGGCGGUGCGCCCCAGGUGCCACCUGGUAGGGGGGUGCCAAGAUCAUGGUCUGAGGGCUAAUGGGGGACGUGUGAGCUGUGCCCCAUGGCAGCUGGGGUGUCGCACAGCUCACACGGAGAGACCAGCAAGCUUAACUGGCCGCACGGAUGGAAGAGGGCUAUGACUGUUUAGGGGCGGAGCCUAACCACGAGCGGGGGCGGCGCAUAACACGGCCCUUACAAGCUGCUGUAACUGCUGCACAUGGAGGUGCAGCAAGAAGAAAUCCCUGCUCCUCCACCUAGCAGGCUCCAGGGAAGGACUUCAGGGAAUACACUCCUCCAGCCCACAUUGUCUGUAAGUAAGAGUGUGUGUCUGUGUGUGUUACUGUCUGUCUGACCCUGUAACUGUGUGUGUGUGUGUCUGUAACUGUCUGCCUGUUACUGUGUGUGUGUCUGUGUGUCUGUGUGUGUGACUGUCUGCCUCUAAAUAUGUGUGUGUGAAUGUCUGUCUGUAACUGUGUGUGUGUGUGACUGACUGUCUGUAACUUUGUGACUGUCUGUCUUGUGUGUGUGUCUGUAACUGUGUGUGUGUGUAUAACUGUCUGCCUGUAAAUGUGUGUGUGUGUAACUGUCUGCCUGUAACUGUGUGUACGUGUGUAUAACUGUCUGCCUGUAAUAGUGUGUGUGUGUGUGUGUGUGUGUGUAUAACUGUCUGCCUGUAAUAGUGUGUGUGUGUGUGUGUGUGUAACGGUCUGCCUGUAAUUGUGUGUGUGUGUGUAACUGUUUACCUGUAACUGUGUGUGUGUAUGUAAUGGUCUGCUUGUAACUGUGUGUGUGUGCGUAACUGUGUGUAUGACUGUCUGCCUGUGACUGUAUAUGUGACUGUCUGCCUGUAACAGUGUGCGUGACUGUGUGUAACUGCUUGUAACUGACUGUGUGUGUGUGUUUGUAUAACUGACUGCCGUUAAAUAUGUGUGUGUGUGUGUAACUGUCUGCCUGUAACUGUGUGUACGUGUGUGAAACUGUCUGCCUGUAACAGUGUGUGUAUGUGCGUAUGUGUAACGGUCUGCCUGUAACUGUGUGUGUGUGUGCGCGUUACUGUCUACCUGUAACUGUGUGUGUGCGUGUAUGUAACGGUCUGUCUGUAAAUGUGUGUGUGCGUAACUGUCUACCUGUAACUGUGUGUGUGUGUGGCUGUAACUAUGUGCAUGACUGUCUGCCUGUGACUGUAUAUGUGACUGUCUGCCUGUAACAGUGUGCGUGACUGUUUGUAACAGCUUGUAACUGACUGUGUGUGUGUGUAACUCUCUACCUCUCUACCUGUAACUGUGUGUAUGACUGCCUGUGACUAUAUGUGUGACUGUCUGCAUGUGACUGUGUGCGUGUGACUGUCUGCAUGUACCUGUGUGUGACUGUCUGCCUGUAACUGUGUGUGAGGGAGUGCAGGGAUUUUGUAGAAGGGGCAGGGGUUUGAAAAAGUUUACAAAUUUGUUCAAUACAUUUUUUAAAUUUAGUAGGUGUUGGAGAGGAGGGGGGAUGUGCCAAACCCAUGACCCACCCCGGGUGCCACAUGCUCUAGGUACGCCCCUGCCCCAUUGAUAUGUAUUAGUCUCACAUAGUUUCUCUUUUAUCGAGGACAAAUCACAGUUUUUCUAUUUAAAUAAUACAACAUGAGCAAUACCACAGCAAACAUUAAGCACAAUAGCGAAGAUCUGGGACACAGAAGGAAUACGCCAGGCGAAUAAACCUAUAUAACAUGGAACACUGAAUCCUUUCUCAUCAAACACUCCCCAGCUGCUAUGGUUACUGUACUAAUUAAUAGCUUUCUGUAAUUAACUUAUUUCCGCAAUGAAGUAGUAACCAUUUGCUCUCCAUUGCCUUCUCUUGUCAAUGUGUAUUUUUGCCAUGACAAAUCCAGUUAGGCCCUAAGAGUGUAGGCUAAAGAGAAUGAGUUUGUGAAAGUAGUUUAAACUUAGAGACACUAUGGUUACUAAAACAACUUUAGCAGAACGAAAACAGACAUUUCGCAGGAGAACAUUGAAAAAUAAUAUCUUAUUCUUUACUUAGUUUCCACUCAGCUCGCAAGCUAGUAUAUGCUCAUAUUUUUCAGAGGUUGGUGGAAGGCAUUGGAUCUUGUCUUCAAAUUUGUUUUAAAGUGAUGCUCUCAGCACCAAAACAACUUUAGCUUAAUCAAGAAAUAUUGGUGUAUAGGUCAUGCCCCUACAGUGUCACAGCUCAUUUGUCCAUUUAGGAGUUAAAUUGCUUUGUUAAUCCAUAUAUUUCACGGCUGUGACUCACACAACCUCCCUAAACACUUGAAAAUUCAAAGUGAAAUUAAAGUAAAUUCAAAUUUAAGGCCAAAGGUACUUGAACUGCACAGCUGUAUUAGAGGCUUUUUUCCUGUUCAGCUAUUUUGGCCUUAAAUUUGAAAUUUAUUUGUAUUUACUUUGAAUUCUCAUGUUAGUGAAUAACCCUGUAAUUUUUUGGGGGGGCUUGCCUUAUUGCACAGUGUGUUUAAUUUAGAAUUUUAUUGCUAGUUGCGUGCUAGAGUGAACAGCACCUUUCUGUUUGUGAUUAAAGUUAAAUUUCAUAAAAUUGACCAGUGUUGUAAAAGUUAAACUUUUUUUUUUCAUGGAGGCUGUUUGAGUGACAGCAAUGGGAGGUGUGGCUAGGGCUGAUUUAGCUCAUAGAUGACAAAGAAUUGAGCAAUGAAUCGUCAAAGCCAUGAUCUAUUCUGCUGGCAGCGAUAGAUCACUAUGUUAGAGAUUCUUUUCAAAUGGUUUUAUUUUACAUAACAGGAUUCAAUCAGUCCAUAGGAAAGCAUUUCUCAAAGCUUUCCUAUGGACGCAGCGUCUUCUCACUGUGAAAAUCCCAGUAAGAAGCACGGAAGCGCCUCCUCUAGCAGCUGUUAAUGAGACAGCCACUAGAGGCUGGAUUAACCCAUAUGUUUCUCUGAAACUGCUAUGUUUACAGCUGCAUGGUUAACCCUAGAUGGACCUGGCACCCAGACCACUUCAUUGAGCUGAAGUGGUCUGGGUGCCUAUAGUGGUCCAAUAAAGUAAUACUCAAAUUGCAGUUAUGGGUCACAUUUGGGUAUUUUCCCUGAAUUUUUCAAUUUACAUGAACAUAUGGACCUAAGUGUGUAAGAGUGACAUGUCACAUAUGUAGUUUGUUCUGCUGUUCUAGUUAAACAACAUCAUCGUUUUUUGUUUUUAUGUUUUUCUCUCUAACGUAUGAUCUAAAUAAAAACCAUGUGUACACACGGGAGGGUUUAUACAUUACACUCUGGAUUCUAGUGAAUAAAAAAAAAAAAUUGCAAAAUGUAAGCAAAAAAUUUCAAUAAAAAAAAUUCUUCAACUCAACUACAAUUCUGAAGGUUGGUUUUUCAGUUUACUACAGUUGAAAGGAUUUUUCUAUUGCUUGGAGUUUUGGGAUUUUACACCCUUGGCUUGUGACCCUGAUUUUGAUCCUUUGUUCGUGUCACUAACUUUAACUAGCGUAUUGGAUUUCCUUUCUCUGCUUGUGACCCUGACCUUCAUUGCGACAGCAUAUUGAUUUUUGUUUGAUCUUCUUGCUGUUUCUGUGUCUCCUUCGCUACAUCUCUGGGAGUUCAAUGCUUGCUCUCUAAGUGUGUCUGUAAUAGGCAUUCCAACUCUGUUCUUCAAUUUUACAGGCUGUUUGUUGCGCAAAGAUCACUUGGAUACAAUUUUCAUUAACCUAGCUCCCCCACAUUAUUGGGAUCCAUGCGCACAUUGAUACUGACAGUAUGGUUUUAUUUACUUACAAUUGUAUUUACACUGACAUUAUAUAUACGUAUAUGUAUGAACUGUACACAUGUGCUUAUUUUAAAGGGUGCUCUAUUGCCAAUAGCGCCAUCUCAUUUCAUUCUAUUGACCCUUUUAGUUGUAAGACCAUGUCACACGUGAGUUGAAGCCUUUAAACUCCAAUACCAGUGCUUUUUGUAAGUUACCCUCACAAAUUAUAUUUUAUGAUUUAUCCUAAUUUUUAGGAAAUCACAUUAGUUUGCUAAAACCCAAUUAAAGGACCACUCUAGGCACCCAGACCACUUCAGCUUAAUGAAGUGGUAUGGGUGCCAGGUCCAGCUAGGGUUAACCCAUUUUUUCAUAAACAUAGCAGUUUCAGAGAAACUGCUAUGUUUAUGAAUGGGUUAAGCCUUCCCCUAAUCCUCUAGUGGCUGUCUCAUUGACAGCCAUUAGAGGCGCUUGCGUGCUUCUCACUGAUUUUCACAGUGAGAGCAUCGCAAACGUCCAUAGGAAAGCAUUAUGAAUGCUUUCUAUGGACAGGCUGAAUGCGCACAAGAGCUUUUGCCGCAUGCAUUCAGCCCAGGAGGAGGAACGGAGGAGGAUCGGAGGAGGAGAGCUCCCCGCCCAGCGCUGGAAAAAGGUACGUUUUAACCCCUUUCCAGAGCCGGGCGGGAGGGGGUCCCUGAGGGUGGGGGUACCCUCAUGGCACUAUAGUGCCAGGAAAACUAGUAUGUUUUUCUGGCACUAUAGUGGUCCUUUAAUAAGAAAGAAAACUUUUAAAAAAAUAGUGCAAUGUUCUGUUGUGUACAUAGUAAACAAAGAACUUGAUAUUUUAUGAAUAUUUUAAAUAUACAUAUUAUGCUUUCACAGUUAAGAUUGGUUCAGAUUCUUCCCCCCCAAAAAAUACAAUUUAGGAUGUUUUUCAAUGAAAAUUAGCAAUUAAAAAUGAGAAGAUAACAUUUAUUUUUUGUUACUUUGUUCAAAAUUUGUGCAUGAUGGACAAAUUCAGUUUUGAUUCGGCUGAAAUUUAUUUUUUUUCAUUCGGUUUACUGAAUUACAUUGUUGCGACAGUUCAAGUUUAACGGACAAAUUACAUCUAUCUAAACAAUUUAGGAAACAAACUUCAGAUGGACUAAAAGGACGCAAAAAUUAGUCUAUCAGUGUACUGCUAAAUGUAUACAUAAUAGCCUAAUCUCUGUGCCCCUUUAAUAAAGUUAAAUCUGGUCACAAUUCUGUCACAUGAAUUCCAACCAAAUUCCAGAACGUUGCUUGAGCAUAACACUGCCUCUGCUAAUCUGCCUUCUUCUCCUGCUUCCACCUCUUCCCCAGGUAAAUGAUGCACAUGCACCUAGUCAUCCACCUGAUCUAAAAGAAGAGGUGAUUCAUCAGACCGGGCAUCAUUCUUUUAUUGCUCCAUGGUCUAGUUCUGACAGAUCUCCAUUAAAGGCGUUUUAGGCAGCGGACAGGGGUCAUCGUAUGCACUCUGACUGGUUUGCGGCUAUGUAGCCACAUAUGAAGCAAACCAUUGAAACACUGUGUGUUCUGACACCUGUCUAUCAUGGCCAGCAUUAGGUUUUUCAGCAAUUUGAGCUACAGCAGCUCGUCUGUGUAAUUGGACCAGAUGGGCUAGACUUUGCUCCCCAUGUGCAUCAAUGAGCCUUGGGUGCCCAUGACCAAGACGCCGGUUCAUCAGAUGUCCUACCUUGCAUAACAUUUUGUAGGUAAUAACCACUGUAUUCCGGGAACACCUCACAAGACUUGCCCUUUUGGAGAUGGUCUUACCCAGUCAUCUAGCUAUCACUAUUUUGGAAUUCAAGAACUAACUGUUCACCUGCUGCCUAAUAGAUCUCUCUUUGACAGGUGCCAUUGUAAUAAUAAUGUUAUUAACUUCACCCAUCAGUGGUUUUAAGGUUUUGGCUGAUCAGUAUAAAGUUGCAUUUUACGCUUAUGUCAGAGUAUCGGGUAUGAUUCUCAGAAUCUUUCCCCGGUCAAUAAAAUUACUACCAUUAUGUUGGCUAAGAAUAACAUUUAAACCCUUCAUUAUACCCUACCUGGUUAAAUACAUUGAUAUCAUUUUUAUAUCAUAAAACUGAAAAUUGGAAUCCCUGUACUGGAAAGAUUUCGAAGAACAAUUUCGUUGGCCAUUUUAUAUAACAGUUUCUAAUAUAUAAUAUUUGCUUUUAUUAUUUUUUUUAUUUCCCUUGAUCGAGGCCAUUAAAGAAAAGGAUUGGCCACAGGUUUAAACUUUAUGCUUAUUUAUUGCUUGAAGAGCAAUGUUGUUGGUCGUCAUCCAAUAAUUCUGUCUGAAUUUUAGACCUGUGCCCAGUCCUUUUCUUUAUUGUAUAUUAUGGCUUGGGUUUGGUAACUUGUGGACUGGAAGCACGGUUGCUAUUUUAAAUGUGUACCUACCAAACCUUUUGAUUUAAUUAAAAUCGAGUAUGGCUAUAUUUCUGUAAACAAGAUAAAAAAAUUUAUAAAUAAAGAAUAUAGAGGUACAAAACAUUUUGUGUGAGACAGUGUUAAUUUCGUCGACUAACAAUUUUUGUCAGAUUUAGUUGACUAAAACUAGACUAAAACUAAAACAAUUCAGAUGAAUAAAAUACGACUAAAACAAAUUGCUUGUUAGUCAAAAGACUAAAAGAGGCUGUGAGGAUGAGCACAUGGAGGGGCUUGGGGGAGCGAGACACAUGGAGCGGCUUGUGGCAACAAUUAAGACACAUGAGAUGCAUGGAGGGGCUGGGUGGGACAAAGCGACAUAGAGGGUCUGGGGGAGAACGAGACAAGGUGCUUGGGGGAAGACACACACAAAUGGGGCUUUGGAGAGAAAGAGACACAGAGAGGGAUUGGGAGGGGACAAAGAGCCACAGAGGGGCUGGAGAAGGGGCAAAAUAGACAGACAGAGGAAGGGGCAAAAGAGACACAGGGGCUGGGGGGGGGAGAGGGACACAUAAAGACACAGAGGGGCUGGGGAAGGGGCAAAGGAGACAGAUAAAGGCUUCAAUUAAGCCCAUUAGAAUUUAGUUAUGUUGACUAAAAUCUACUAGAGAUUUAGUUGACUAAAACUAAAACAAUUCUGAUGACUAAAAUACGUCUUAAACUAAAAUGGCUUUUUAGUCAAAAGAGUAUGACUAAAACUAAAGUGUACUUUGCCGUCAAAGUUAGCACUGGUGUGAGAACAUUGCUAGGAUCAGGUAUCAGUGUGGCAAAAUCAUAUUCUUCAUAAAAAAUAAAUAAAAACAAUUUGAGAAAAAAAAUAUAUAUAUCUAUAUAUAUAUAGAUAUAUAUAUAUUUUUUUAUUUAUACAUUUAUUUAUUCUUGGAUACAGAAUUCUAACUGCUAGGACUUAAUUCAAAACAAGUUAAAUCUUCUAGAUAAGAUACUUUCAAAAUAAGAAAUAUUCCCCAGAGUAUUGAAAGGAGCAGGGAAGUAAAAUACAACGCCAGCCGGAUCAAUAAACCCAAUAAGUCAGCCGGAACAAUAAACCCUGCAUAGCAAAGUUAAAACUAGCACUCAGUCUACCAAACAGACAUAACAGCCAAUUCUUCUGUAAUCGUUUUUCUAUAGAUAGCAGAUUGUUUAUGAAAUUUAGUUCUCCUUGUAUUCCAUUCUAGGAACUGAUUGUAGCAAUCCUUUCAUCCUUCACUGCAUAACAUUAGCUUUCAAGGAAUUCUCUGUUAAUAGAAUACCAUUGGGCUUUACCAAAAUCCAAUCAUAACAUUCCAUUUCCUUGACAUAAGUUGAGGAUAAGUUAUACGACUAAUUGGUCUGCUACAAACACCCUACAUUCGAGUGUCUUGGCAUAAAAUUUGAAAUUCACUUUGCAUUUGCAUUUAAUUCCUGACAAUACUGCCAGCCAAAGCUAUCACAAUAGGCUUUUUAAUUCAACAUUAACAUUUACAUUGCAAACACUUUGCACACUUUGCAAAAAAAAUACCAUUGAUCCUAUCAUCCGUAAAAUAGUCUAAUAAGGAACUAAACUUCCUUAAUUUUUUAUCUUAAUUUCUAAUUUUUUUGUGACAUUAAUGUGUGGUAUGGAGGAGGCAGCAGCAAUCUCAAUUUUGUAUCUGGAGAUGAGAAAAUUAUCUUAUCAGGCUAUAAAUAUUACAUUUUUCUAAUUAGUAUGUAGAAUGACAGGGCACACCAAUCUCUUUUUGUACCUAACUCUUCACAACCUAACAGCCUGUUCACACAUUGUCUUUUUUUAGCUCAAAUUGUAAGAGAACUUUUUUUCUUUCUAAAAAUAUUUUAAAAAAUCAUCUUAUUUAGCAUCAGAUAUUACCCAUCUGUACGAUUUUAUAUAUUAUAUAGUUGCCAAGUAUGUAACAUUACCUGCAUACUGAUUAUGUAUAACAUUGUAACUUGUAUAAUAAUUUAUUCUAAUGGAGAUCUAAAAUAACAGAGAUAUGUAUCAGCUGAAAACUAUAAUUUAACAUAAAGACUGAUUGUACAGGGUAGAAGGAAAUAAAAAAACAUGAAGCAGUAAAGUAAAAAACAAAACUGUAAGACCCUUAAAAUAACAAUAUUGUGUUAGGAAUACAAGCCUGUGCUUCUAGUGCUAUAGUCUCCCUAUGCCAUGUCAGAUUUAGGACUCCCCUAUGUGCACUGUAAAUGAUAAAAUAAAUAAGUCAUUUAGCUUUUCUCCAGCACCGAGUCUCCUUCGAUGCUGCUGCCCACUCCUCCAAGCUUGGCAUCACCCUGGAGGCGUGUCCUGGGUGAUAGUUCAUUCCAAUUAUCCACCAAUCAAAAUCUUGUCAUAGAAAAUCAUUGAAGGAUUUCCAAUGAAAAGCCAAGAGCGGCAUUGCGCAGGUGUGUGCGACAUCAUGGUAUAUCUGGGUAUGAGAACCAGGAAGUAAUAGUCCUGCCUCUCCAGAGGGUUUGUAGGGGCACCUUUAAGCUAUGCUUCCAAGCCUUCAAAUGAUUAAAAUAUACAGUACUGGAGGCUAAGACACGGGUGGGUGGGGGGGGGGAGGGGGGUUACUUAAUGCAUUAUAACAACUUCAGUAAGAUGUGUUCCUUUAACGAUAGACUUUAACAAAAUGAAUGGAAGAGAAAAGGCAGUGUUUACAUUGCUUUAAACAGGCACUCAACAUUUAGGUGAUAACCCCCUAAUAACAUAAAGUUCAAGUGCAGUGCUUUAAAUAAACAGUGGGGACUUACCCCUCACAAAUGUGGUUUUUUUUUAAAAUAGAUGUACAUAAAAUAGAAAAAUACAGAAAAGAUAUAUAGUGCGUUACUGAUACCAUAGGAAUUGCAAAAGUGAGUGAAAAUUAACUCACAUAGAUUAGAGCCUGUUCAGGGUAUAGGCCAGGCAUAGGAAACCUUCGACACUGCAGAUGUUUUGGACUACACCUCCCAUGAUGCUUUGCCCGCAUUAUAGGUGCAAGAGCAUUAUGGGGGAUGUAGUCCACAACAUCUGGAGUGCCAAAGGUUGCCAAUCCCUGGUAUAGGCUCUAAGCUCAAGGGCGUCUGUGCCUUAAGGUGGAAUACACAACCUUUCAUUAGUGGAUUAGUAAAUCAGUCACUCUAAUAUGCAGUAAAAAUAAAACAAAGAAAAGACUUCUGGGUGCAGUAUUUGGCAUACUGGUAAUAAAUGAUACACACCAACAUCAAACUGCUCACCUGGUUUGGAGUCUUUAAGAAACUGACUCCAAGUUAAAUAGCUUUGUGUCUAUUUUGUUCGGUAGACACUUCCCCUAACAGGAACUCAAAUGAAGAAUCCAAGGAGAGGAUAGGUAAAAGUUGAAAUAUACCUAUUGUUACCAUUAAAAUUAAAAUAAAAAUACUUCUAAAAACACAAAAUAAAAAAUAUAUAAAGACAUAAAAAAUAUAAGGGUAUUCUCCUCUUUUUUUGACUUCCGAGACACGUCGCGCCUAGUAGUUAUUAUUAUUAUUAUUAUUGCCAUUUAUAUAGCGCCAACAGAUUUCGUAGCGCUUUACAAUAUUUUGAGAGGGGGGAUGUAACAAUAAAUAGGACAAUUACAAGAAAACUUACAGGAACAAUAGGUUGAAGAAGACCCUGCUCAAACGAGCUUACAGACUAUAGGAGGUGGGGUAUUAGAAACAUUAGGACAAGAAAUAUCAAGUAGGAGUGAAGCAGAGCUGGAGGAGAGAGCAAAGCACUGUCCCAUAGGAGAGAGCGGGAGACAGGUAUGUAAGGUAGAGAUUACUCUGGGAGGCCAUAAGCUUUCCUGAAGAGAUGGGUUUUAAGGCCCUUCUUAAAUGAUUGAAGACUGGGGGAUAGUCUGAUGGCAGUAGGCAAACUAUUCUAUAGGAGAGGAGCCACCCGCGAGAGGUCCUGCAAGCGCGAGUUGGCCGUACGGGUGCGAGCAGCGGUCAGGAGGUGGUCACGGGCAGAGUGGAGGGUACGAGGAGGGGCAUAUCUAUGGAUUAGUGAAGAGAUAUAAGUGGGGCUAGAAUUGUUCAGUGCUUUAAAUGUAUGGGUUAGCACUUUGAAUCGACUCCUAUAGCAUACAGGGAGCCAAUGUAAGGACUGGCAGAGGGGUGAGGUGUGAGAGGACCGACUAGAGAGGAAAAUCAAAUUACAGACUGUAGCGGGGCAAUACAGCUUUUGGGGGGACCAAUCAGGAGAGGGUUACAGUAAUCCAUGCGGGAAAUUACUAGAGCAUGGACAAGCUCCUUGGUAGCAUCUUGCGUAAGAAAGGGGCGAAUGCUGGCUAUGUUUUUGAGUUGGAAGCUACAGGACUUGGCAACAAACUGGAUGUGAGACUCAAAGGUGAGACCAGAGUCAAGUAUGACGCCAAGACAGCGCGCUUGCAGGGAUGGACUUAUGUGAAUAUCACUGACUUGAAGGGAGAGCGAGAGAGGAGGAUCAGUAUUAGGAGGAGGAAAGACAAGGAGUUCAGUCUUAGAGAGGUUAAGUUUCAGAAAGCGUGAGGACAUCCAGUCAGAUGAUUUGAUUCAGUAGUUAGGCUUUUUCAAUCGGUGAAUGCUGUAUUUUUGGGUUGCUGUUUGUAUAUAUGUGAUAAUCCCGCCUUCUGUUCCCCUAAUCCAAUCGUCGAUCUCCUGGUCAGUUGUAGCUUGAUAUUUGGGCGGUCUCUUUUGUGUUUCCGUUGAGUUCCUGGUUCCGGGCUUGACGUGCGUUACUUCACUUCCAUCGCGGGAACUACUACUCCCAUAAUUCCUUGUGUCCAGUCUAUGAUAGCAUUUCCUGUAUAGUUUGUGAAGCUCUGUAAAGUGGCCAAUGCACUGGAUAUUGUGUAUUUGCAGGAAAAGUUCAGAAAGAAAAAAAUAUGAGUCACACAUCAAAAUUCUAAAAAUAAAGAUUUCAUAAUUCAUAAAAUAUUAAUAAUUCAUACCCAGGACAUACUUGAAAACUAGAGAAAUCUCAGUGUAUCUUUCCUGGUAAAAUAUUUUAUACAUAAAUAAAAUAUUUUAUAAAUAAAUAAAUAAUAAAUAAGUGUUUACAUUGCUCCCUACAUCUCCACUGGCCACUUCUCAGAUGUCUACUAAAGGUGCUUCCUGGGCAGUGCUGCAUACUGUGCUGGACUGCCAUUCAGUGUCUCCACCCUCUGCAGACAGUGAACUUUCCUCAUAGAGAUGAUUUGAUUCAAUUCAUGUCUAUGAGUAGAUGCUGAUUGACCAGGGAGGGGUUUGGCUCCGCCCCAGUCUGCCUCCAAUGCUUUCCUAUUGAAAAACAUUGUGAUUGGCUGAGAUCAUCACAUCUGAUGAUGUCAGCCAAGGAGGCAGAUCGGGGAACAGAGCCAGCACCACCAGACUGAAACAAAUGUAAGAUUUUACUAUAUUUAGGGAUGGCAAGUGGGGGUGCGUGGGGGGUGGAGGGGACUAGAUGGUAUUUUUAACACUAUAGGGUCAAGAACAGGUUUGUGUUCCUGACCUAUAGUGUUCCUUUAAGUCACCUUUAGAGGUUCUUAGUCAUUAAUCAUGAUGUUUAUAGUUCAGUAGUCUAUAGUUUAUAGUACACUGAAAAAACAGUCAUUGAAAGGAAACAGGAAAGCGUAGUAGUUUGCAGUUGUCAUUGUGCAUGCACAUGAGCUCCCCACACUGCAGCUUGGUCUGGACGUAGCUGCAGGUGUGUCUGAAUGUAGUAGGUGAGACAUAUCAGCUGGUUAAUUCACCCAAGAUCGAAUUCUUGAUCACGAUAGACUGUAGCUCAGACAAUAGAAUUAGAAAAGAAUUACAUCAGGCAAACUGAAGUCAGAAAUGGAAAGACACAGGAAGUCAAUAUUCAGGCCUAAGGUCAAUGCAGGAGGCAGAUGCAGAGUGAUGAAAAACAGGUAAAAAUCAGUACAGGGAGCAAUCAGACAUGAACGGGAAUAGCAUAGAUUAGGACUUGAGAAGGCUGAAUGUCUUACAGCACACAUCUUUACUACAGGAAAAAGAUCAAGAUGAGGCACUACUAGGAAAGCAGUUUCUAAAACACAUAGCAGCAUCUGGCUGCUUAGUAGGUUCGGCCUAGGGCAGCUGCAAUCUAUUUCCUGAUUGUGGGACGGACGUGUGGGAACAGUGGGAUUUAUGCAAUGGAGCUUGCAGCUUCAACAUGCAUUUGAAUAAGGUGUUUCUUUCAUGGCUAUGUUGUUCAUAGGCAGUGGCUCCUGUAGCGUUGGAAGGAAUUCAGACACACUUUAAAUGGUGAGUCCGUAACACUUACAUUUACUUGAGUGUUUUGUGAAUCAGAAUUCAUACCAUGUGUGGCACCCCCAUAACUUUAAAAUAUACUUAUAAAACCAAAACGGAAAGUUUUUUCAGAAUUCUAAAACUCUUUAGAAAUAGAGAAUUUGUCUUUAUUCCACUCAGAUAUCUGUCCACCACAGUUUCGCAAACUGCUAUUGGUGACGAGUUGGUGAUGUCUUUAUUAUUAAUAUUAUUAUUAUCAUUUUAAUGAUACAUUAUCAUAUUAUGUAACAAACUAGAGAUAGUAAGUAAAACAUGGGACCAGUUGAAGAACACAUUCAGGGAUACAGAAACAAGAGUUGACAAGAACCUUGACCAAAAGAUCAUGUAUUCGAAAGGAGCAGAGACCAAGGUCACUUGGUGGCUUCUGUGGUUAGUCCCUGUCUGCUUUUGUUAUUCUUCUUGGAAACAGACUAUCUCAUAGAUAAUUCUAAACGCUGUCUGCUCAGAUCAAUGCAUGAGAUGUUGUUGAUGUUUUGAAACUGUCUUCCUGGAUUUUUAGAGGCAAUCCGACUCUGCUGUCUGCUUCUAUGCUUGUCGUCAUCCAGUUUUCAGUUGUUACUGUCUGCAUUAAGUCCCCUAUUUCUUGUUGAAGUGCCUCUUUUUCCUGCUUGGGAAAUUGAGAAUUAAAAGUACAUUUCAAUUUAAGAUCAAAAUAGCCGAACUAGAAAAAAGAUCGAAAUCAGCUAUGCGUUCAGUUCGGCUUCUCUGUCUUUGAAUGUGAAAUUCACUUUGAAUACACUUUGAAUUGUCAAUUUAGUAAAUAACCCUGCCAAUAUUAUACGACAGUUCUGGUACAGUCAUUGCUCUGGAGAGUAGUAUUUGCCACAUUGUCAAAUAAAUUAUAAUUUAUUUUAUCAUUAGGAAACAAAUGCUACCUCCAGCAAAAUGAUCUUCAAACAGUACAUUAACCCUUUUGCCAGUCAUGUCUUUAAUAAAGCUGCCAUUUUUUUGUCUCUACUCCUGUACGUCGAACACAGUGCGUGGGCUGAAGCAGGUGUCCUGGGGGAGUUAUCUGUCUCUCUCACUUGUUCUAUUUACAAAGUACCGGCUGUUUCUAUACAACAGACUGGAGAUGUGACACACAAAUGAGAAAACAGACGUAAGCCUCUGGUCCUGUUCCUGAGAUAUUAGCAGUAGAUAGUUGCUAAUUCUCACUGCAGCGUCUCCGGUGCAUCCUGAAAAAAAAAGGAAUAAAAACCAAAAAAAGAGAAGCAAUUUCCUGCAUCCUUUCUACCAUGUUAGAGCGUGACUGUGUGUGUGAGAAGGGGAAUAAAUAAAAAAACAGUUUCGACAAAGCGCGCUCUUUAAACUGAUAUUAAUCAUGCAUGGAUGAAUUCCUGAGAGAUUGUGUCUAGUCACGCAAAACAUCCUUAAAGUAGCACUGCCGUGUUUUUUUUCUUUCAGUUUUCCUUUACUUACGUUUAUUUUUUAACUUUAUUUAUAUUUCUUCCUUCCACUGGAUGUCAACAUCAGGGUGCCACCAUGUUGUUUCCCACAAUUCGGAAUGCGGGACGUUUGCCCUUCAUAUGUUAUGUCUUGACUGAUGGAUUGUGGGUAAAUUACCUUGGUAACUGAAAUGGAACUUUGUUUAAGCUCAGACCAUUUCCAAAGAUUGCCAAAAAUCACGCCUCCCAUAAUAAAAACAUUGUCCCUACGUUUUCUUAUGUAUUAAUAACAAAGCUGAAUUUAAGAAAAAUAAUAUUAAGGGAAAAAUAAAGGGACAAAAAGGGAUUAAUUUAAAAAUAAACCUGCUCAGUGCUGCUAGUUUUACAUGUAUAUAUAAAUAUAUAAAUAUACACACACAUAUAUAUAUAUAUAUAUAUAUAUAUAUAUAAAAUAUAUAUAAAGUUGACACUAUCAUAGUAGUCAUGGAUUGUAUGCAGACACAAACAAUUGGUACAUUUUGGGCAAGGGGAAUAAAGAGAUAUUACAGAUUAAGAUUAAGAGGGAGGCUGAAGAAACUCCCGUAGCUGAAAGGCGUGCCCAACAAUGCAAUCUGUCAAACUUUAUUGUAAGUUUAUAAAUGUUUAUUACAUAGUUUUAAUUUUUUUCUUGCUUUAUUUUCAUUUGUAUGUUUGUUUAAAUGCUUUUGUUUGUUGGUUUGAAAAAAAUAAUUGUCAAGUGAUACAUGUUCCUUAAAUGCAAACUCUUUUUUUUUUUUGCACCCAAGAAUAUGCUCACUGCAUGAUAUUUUUUAAAUAGAAUGACUAAGCUGUGCCAAAAAAAUAAAUAAGCAAAAAUAAACCAUGUGAGGUACACUUACAUUGUGGACCUUGCACCUAUUAGUGUGACAAAAUUGGUAGGAACAAAUCAGACCAACACGUGGGUCUUGAUGGCAUUUCAUUAUGCAAAAAAUACACAUACUCACAAUGGAGGAAUCUUUGAGUUUUAACUGGGCUCUUUCAAGGCCAAAGUAAAGUGAAUUUUAAGGUUGAAUACAAAGUUGGACUUCACGGCGUAGAAGUAAAUUGUCAUCUUUGAAAGUAUUUGUAAUCUGUUUCCAUAAAAGCAUUGUAAUACAUUUACAAAUGUACAGAAGUUGUUAUUGUAUCCAAAUUACAUUUCAGUAAUUAGAUUUUGUAAUAUUUAUUUUUAUGUUUUUUAUUUGUUUGUCACAAAUACUAGACAUUUAGGAUGCAGCCGCAUUUCAACAUAUCAUUAACAAUUCUAAUUAGAGUAUUGCUCUCUGCAGAGCAGGGGUGCUCAAAAGGUAGAUCCCCAGAUGCUGUAGAACUACAACUCCCAUGAUGCUUUGCAUGCCUUUAUAACGCUCUAGAAUGACAAAGCAUCAUGGAAGCUGUAGUUUAAAAACAUCUGGGGAUCUACCUUUUGGGCACUCCUGCUAUACGGUAUACUAUAGUACAUUAUUGCUACCCAGCCAGUAAAUACUAGCUAAAGUAGUAUUUACUAAUAAAUGCUAGCCCAUAAUAUCACUCCAGCUCUACUACCAACUGAAGCAUUUUAGCAGCACGCUACAUUGGAAAUAUAUGUUUUCUUCUUACAGAUAUGACAUGGAACAAUUUUAUUACGCAAUAAAAAAAAAGCUCAGUUUUAUUGCUCAAUAAAACUUAGUUUUGUAGAUUUUAUAGUAAUUUCACAGCAGCUCUUAAUUUUAGCUAGCCUUCCCCUGCCUGAUGUUGGUGAUUCUCUUCCCAGGAGCGAUUGGGUGACGUCCUAUCGGGUGAUGGUGAGCAACGACAGCCACAGCUGGGUUAUGGCUAAGAACGAAACUGGAGAAGGGGUGAGGAACAACUAAUUAGAAAUAAUAUAUAACAAAUGAAACACAAUAUGUGUUGAAAAUAAAUGAGUUAUUAUCUAUGUACAAUACAGACAAGCAAUCUCAUUCCUUAGGACAAAUCUAUAUCAUUUUGUAUGAUUCAUUCUCUACACAAAGAAGUAACAAUGUGAUGUGUAUAUAAUAAUACACAUUUUGUGCACACAAUGUAGCAAACUGGAAUUGAUUUGUAACAGUCAAAAAUCUACUUAAAUGAAUUCUACAUUUGUAACCAUAACCCCCCACCCCCCCCAAGAAUACAUAGAAUCUAAUACAAUGCCAUCCACUAAAAGUGGCACACUUGGUAAAUAUGAGCAAAGAUGGUUCUUUCUUGGUUUUGAUGGUUUUUGUGUAACCUUUUGAUAUUUUGUUGAAAAAAUACACAAAAAUACUCUGCUCUCAUGGGUAUCAAACAAUUGCUAACAUAACACAGGUUUAUAAAAUAAAAUGAAAAAAAUCUUCGUUAAAUGUAUGUAUGGCACAAUUAUUGGCACACUUUUAGUUAUUACUUUGUGCUACCUCCCUUUUCCAAGUCUAUAUUAAGGGUAACACAUUUCCAUAAAAAGCCUACUGUGUGAGGAUGUUUAUUUUGCAAUCCGGAGUUGACAUCUUGUGUGGCUUUGCAGUAUGGAUCCAACUAGUUUUUUUCAGGUUUGCAUGUGCCACAAAAAGGGAGGCUGUAUGCCAGAUCAUCGGGAUCUUGCUUUAUGACAGCUGACGAACAGAGUUUGCGCUGAUUUAAUUUUGCUAUAUUUGGUUAAAUGUACUUCUUCUAUUGAUUUAUAUACAUCAUGCUCUAUUCUGUUUUCUCCACAUUUUUCCAUUUGAGGUUGGAAAAGUUCCACUCUAUCUAUAUCAAGUAUGGAACAUUAAUAUUUUAAAAUUAGAGCAAAAUGUUGCUCUACAACACGUGAGGGUAAUCUAUUCUACAGCAUAUAGUCAAGUCAUACAAACACAUUUGCCCCUUUUAUUUCUUUAGUUUUAUAUAAUUACAAGUGGAACACGGAGGAUAUUAUUCACUUAAGUAUAUUUUUAAUUAUCUAUUUUUUUCAUGCAGUUACUAUAAUUAUAUGUUUGUUUGAGUUCAUGUUUAUACCGCAUGGGAAUGCUUUUUUUUUUUCUCAGAAAAGCGCCUACUGUAACAGGUUUGUUUGACACACUGAAAUCCAGUUAAAACUUUUAGCUCUAAAGACGACCUGACAAUCUGCAAAUAUGCUAAGUGUUAUAACCACUCGCUCUGCCAGGUCUAGUGAAAUUCCAUGCAUUUGCAUUUAUAUGCCAUAACCAGCAGGAAAAAGAAAUACCAAGCGAGCAAGGUAUGAUAUAUACAAACCAGCUAGCACCCAAAAAGCCUAGAGCAGUGAUGCUAAUCUUGACACCAUAAAUUGUUUCUGGACUACAUUUCUCAUGAUGCUCAGCUAGCUUUUAGACUCUAAAAGCUAGCUGAGCAUCAUGGGAAAUGUAGUCCAGAAACAAUUUAUGGUGUCAAGGUUAGCUAUCACUGGCCUAGAGUAUAAUCAAACCUGGAAACUUCAGGAGUUCACCCUGACUCACAAGAUUCAUUUAAUUUUAAAACUGAAACGGUGUUGUUGUUAAACCAGUCUUAAUUUAAAAGGACACUUCACUCCCCCAAUGCAAAAUAAAUAAAUAAAAUGCACUUUUUGGAAUAUAUAAUCUAAUGAAAAACAUGCAUGUCUAAUUAUGUGUAUUUUCAUUGGGGGUACAUCUAAAAACAGCUUCCAAAAGCUGCAGAUCUUUUGUCUGCAACCUUCACAGACAUUUUGCAAGCCCUCCCUUUCUAACCCAGCCCAGACUUUCUGUGGAUAUCCAAUCACACUGACUUUCCAGAGAAGUCUCUGCAAGGCAGUUGCUCUGAGCAAGCUCCAGUUUAACUUGAAUAGCGGAGAGAUGAGUUAAAUUUAUUAACAACACUUAGAUUUGACAACUGUUUUAUUUCUCUUUAUGAAAUGGGGGAGCCAUUUCAUAUGGAGCCAUUUUUUUUAAAUUAUCAUCUUAUUUUCAAUGUUUGUUUAAUUAAUGUAAUUUUGUUAUUCAUUUUUCUUUCAAUGUCUUUGACCUUGGUUAUGUUUUUAUUGAGUGUUUUUAUUGGUUAUGUAAGUCAGGCACCCACUGUGAUCUCUUUCAUUUGUUUAAAACAAAUACAAUGUUUGAAAACAAAAUCUCAGUAGAAAAUUUAUUGGAGUUCAGGAGACAUUCUUACCCAAUGGACUUGUAUCGUUAUUUUCCCCACUUAAGAAUAGCUUAAUAUUUUCAAGAGUCUUUGGGUGAAUUUAUUGAAAAAAACAAUUGCCUGGUAUAUUGCUCUGCAAUGAAAUGUGACUUCACUGGCACGGAUACAAUGUUAUUUUAUGGUUCCAGCCACUCCAAAGAAUCUGGAAAAAGGUCUUAGAAUGGUAUAAAUUCAGCCAAAACGUCCCUGGAAACAAUAAUACAUCCCUAAACCUUCCAUUUAUAAAAUCCGAUAUUUAACUGUAAGAAUUGAUGUUCAGAAAAUGGACUAUUAACCUGAAAAUAUAACAGCACGGUCUUUAUAGCAAGUUGUGGUAAAGUUUAAAAACAUGCAUAUAGGCAAAAAUGUUGUGAAAAACUUAAAUUGUGCUAUAUAGUUAAAUAUGUCACCACAACCUUCUGUUAAAGCGACAUUAUAGUCACCAAAACAACUUUAGAUUAAUGAAGCAGUUUUUGUGUACCGAUCAUGCCCCUAAAGUUUCAUUACUUAAUUCACUGCCAUUUAGGAGUUAAAUCACUUUUGUUUCUGUUUAUGCAGCCCUAGCCACACCUCCCCUGGCUGUGACUGACACAGUCUGCAUGAAAACAAAAUGGUUUAAUUUUCAAUCAAAUGUAACUUACUUCAAAAGUUUUUAUUUCAUGCUAUAUGAUGCUUCUGCAUGGUCUAGCAAGCUUUUAACAGAGCAGGAGAUAACAAAUUGUAAAUUAAACAGAAUUUGCAAUAAAGGAAGUGUAAACAUUAGAUGACUCUUUACAGGAAUUGUUUAGGAAAGCUGUGUGACUCAUAUGCAGAGAGGCGUGACUUGGGCUGCAUAAACAAAGUGAUUUAACUCAUAAGUUGCAGAGAAUUGAGCAGUGAGACUGCAGUGGCAUGAUCUAUACACCAAAACUGCUUAAUUGAGCUAAAUUUGUCUUGUGGUUUAAUUGUUAAAGACCCGUUGAUUGCUGAACAGUUGUAAUAUAUUCAUAUAUUACAACUGUUACAUAUAUAUAUAUAUUUGCCACGCUUCUCCACUCAAACAUUGAGUUCUACUCGUUUCUGGAGGGGAUAGCGCCUCUAGUGACUGUCAAAAAAGAUACCCACUAUAGUCUUUUAAAUGUAUUUUUACCCCUGCUUUAUACCAAAAAGCAAUUCCACUGAUUUAAAUAGAUGCGUUUCAUUACCAGAAACAAACUUUUAUCUCUGAUAAUUUAAAAGGAUUCUGUUUAAAUAAUGCUAAUAAUAAAAUAAUCACAGGUAUAUCUAAUACAUAAUUCAUGGAGUCAUACAAGCAACAGGUUAUGACAGCCUUGAAGUAUAUGGCAGAUUUAGAGAUGAAUAUGCAUUUCUUGGAUUGAUGAGAAAUGAAGUUAAAGAUCUGCAAGGACCGAGGAACACACUGCAUGAAUUCCCUCAAGGCACACAUCAUUCUGAUCAUUUGUUGGCUGCAGACUGUGCUGAUAAUUAACAAGUGUUUAAUUAUGGGGUUUGAUGUUCCGCGCCAGUGUAACAUGUUGGUUUGGGAUUUUUUAAUAAGAUGUAUUAUUUGCAAUUCAAGCUUUUUCAGGGAAACAACGAGAAAGAGAUUCCUGUUCUGAGUGAAUUUCUAGAGCCUUUGAUUGGACGUUAUAUUCGGAUUAAUCCGCGGUCAUGGUAUGAAGAGGGGAGCAUCUGCAUGAGAGUUGAGAUACUGGGCUGCCCUUUACCAGGUUAGUGGAGUUAUGGAGUAUGUGUAGUAAAAUGCCUAAUUCUGCCAAUAAUUACAGCAUUAUGCCUUUUUUAUGGAGUCGCCUAAAUAUGAGUGAUUACUGUCGCUGGAGUAACACUAACACCAACUCAUUAAACUUUACCAAUAAAUGUCCUCAUUUCACUCUGUGUGAACACCAUUCUCACCCUUGCAGCCCCUACCUCUUUUUUUUUUUAAACUCCUUCUAUCUAGGCCAGGGGUGCCUAAAAGGUAGAUCCCCAGAUGUUGUAGAACUACAACCCCCAUGCUCUACGUGCCUUUGCAUGUGUUUAGAAUGACAAAGCAUCAUGGAAGCUGUAGGUUUAAAAUAUCUGUAAACCUACCAUUUGGGCACCCCUGAUAUAGAAAGUAAGUUCCCACCCUUUUAGCACCACUCCUCUGUGUAUGUUCGUCCUUCUUUCCAUCAGCCCCGAAAACACAAUUUCUGCAUUUAUUAGAGUAAAUAAACCAGUGGAAAUAAGUUUAAAAAAAAAAAGCAAAACUCCGGGUAAGGGGCAAUAAAAUCAUUUCAUGAUGACUUGGGUUUGCUUAUGCACAGUUGGGCGUCAUGUAUCGAGCUUGGCAUUUUCCCCAGCAGUGCUGUGUGUAUGGCAUUGCAGGUGUUAAAUCAUUUACAUUAUUUGCCUGUUAUUCCGUGCGUGAAAUCAAAAUAAAAAGAAAAGAAGUACGAUGUUUAAAUAAAUAAAUAAAUAAAUAAUAAUAAAAAAAUUCCACAACCAAUAGUCAACUUUCAGUUAACUAUUUAGUUGUGCAAGGAAACCAAAAGUGUCAAUGACUUUUAAACUGCUCUCAACAUUUUCAGUUAGUACAUAGAAUUUUCUCAUAUUCCUACUUUACAUUCUCCCUAUAAAAAAAACAAAGUUGGGACGUUGGACUUAUCUUAUUGCUUAUUCUGUCCUUAUGAAAAUACAGCUCUGGCCCCCAUUUAGCCGCGUGAAACUCAUGUGACACCAGCCAGAUGAGGUUACAAUAUAACAUAUCUAAUGAUUGGCAGCCAAGCUACUUAUUUGGCUCAGUUUUCAAUUCUACUAGAAACAGCACGAUUUUUGCUGAGCUUGUAGUUCAUAGCCAGUAAUAUGCUUCAGCUGAAAUAACAGCUGGAUUGCUAACAUGUCACAUGACUGACGGAAUAUUAAUACAACUAUUUCAUAAAGUACAUAUAAGGCUAUAAAAAUAUUUUUAAACAAACCAUAACGUUUACUGCAAGAAAAUGGCAAACUUGCACACUCCACCUACUUCCAAUUUAAAAUUGAGCAUCAUGGGAUUUGUAGUCCAUAACAGCUGGAGUUUCACGCAUUUGUCAUUAGUUUUCCACAGCAUCCCACAUAACAAGGCUGCUAUGUAUUAAUGGCCUCAGAACAAGCCAAAAAUGUCUAAAUGAUGAUUUAGAUUUCUGAUCUUACUCGAGUGAUGACUUGCUUCAAAUAUUCAUGUCCUCUUGUUGAGUCCCUCACUGCGGUAAGGGUUCCCCCACUUAGCACAUUGCUUAUUAUAAUUGUAAAAUCAAUGGUAACAUUACGUAGCCUUCUGUGGCUGUCCAAUCGCAGACUCCCCAAUACAGCUCAAUGAGAAGUCUUUGCAAGGCAGGUGCUCCAGGCCAGAGUUUCCCAUUUGUUCCGUGAGAACACAAAUGGGGUUCUGACAUAAUUUUGCCAAACAAAAUGGCCGCUGCGAUUUGAUUGCUUAAUAGGGGCCCGUUCUGGUGACGUGGCCCUUUAUGAGCAUGAACGGGCCCCUGUAGUAUCGGCCGACUGGGAGGAAGUGACAGCACUUCCUCCCAGCUUUACAGAGUUGCUGCCGCGCAGUAACUCUGUUGGAGGAGAGGACUGGAGACGGCAGUGCAAAGAGGGAGCACCAUGCAUGGCAAAGGAGACGCUGGAGUGAGCAUGCAGAAUCUCACUCCCAUCAGCCUCAGCCAACACCAGGACCACAAGGUAAGUUAACAGAAGGGUGACUCUGAUGUAUAUCAGAUUGUGUGUGUGUAUGUGCCACUGUGUGUAUGUAUCACUGUGUGUGUGUGUGUGUGUAUGCCAGUGUGUGUGUGUGUGUGUAUGUGCCAGUGUGUACCAGUGUGUUUUCAUGUGCCAAUGUGUAUGUGUGUGUGUCAGUGUGUAUAUGACAGCGUGUGUAUCUGUGUGUCAAGGUGUGUGUAUGUGUUUGUGUCACUGUGUGUAUCUGAGUAUGUGUGUAUUUGUGGGUCAAGGUGUGUGUAUGUGUCACUGUGUGCAUCUGAGUGUGUGUAUGUGCCAGUAUCUGUAUCUGAGUGUGUGUAUCUGUAUGUCAAGGUGUAUGUGUAUAUGUUUGUAUGUGCCAUUGUCUAUAUCUGUGUGUCAAGGUUUGUGUAUGUGUCACUGUGUGUAUCUGAGUGUGUGUAUGUGACACUGUGUGUAUCUGUGUGUCAAGGUGUGUGUAUCUGAGUGUGUGUAUGUGCCAGUGUGUGUAUCUCUGUGUGUAUAUGUCACUAUGUCUGUAUCAGUGUGUUUGUAUGUGCCAGUGUGUGUAUUGGUGUGUGUGUAUGUGUCAAUGUUUUUAUAGGUGUGUCUGUGUGUUCAUUUGUUUGUGUAUGUAUGUACGUGGCAGUAUAUGUGCAUACAUCCCAGCAAUCAAACACCAACACAACAUGCAAACACACUCCUGCAAACACAUUACAUACAAAAUCCACCUGCUCCUAAGUACUACUAUCUGUUUACUAUUUGCGCUAUAGUGCUAAACAUUUUUUGAGGUUCCAUGUUGUUAGCGCAUUAUGUCAAAGGGUUCCACGGGAAAAAAUAAUUGGGAACCCCUGCUCUAAGCAUUUUAUGUCUCUUGAGUUUAGCUCCACUGAGCUAACUAAACCAGGAAGUAAUAGGAUCAGUUAUCUGAUUGGCAGCCAGAGGGGUGUAACCAGGUUAAGUUAUAAAAUUAUCAAUUUCUUUUGAAAUCUGUACUUUUUAUGAAGAGGACUCACUCUUCACACAGAGCUUUUCAACGAGAUAAAGUGCUUAAGGAGUCUGGAGGGUAUCCUUAAAGGCAGAUAUACACACUUGAAGGUCUCCCAUGAAGCUCCUCUAUCUUUUUCAUUCAAUUCUGGGGAUUCAUCUUCUAGGAACCCUUGUCACUAUUGUUGUGUUGCACAGAUGUGAGCAUGCAACACAAAGGACUAUCUUCCUGCAAGCAUGGGAUGUCCACAGGCCAACUCGCCCACUGCACAAGAAGAUGUCUCUUUCUUACAACUGUCACUACAGUGACAUCUGUGGUGAUUAUCAGACGUUGAUCAUGGAAGCACUGUGUUUUGUCAGCUUUUGACAAACUUUUCUUCAAUGAAGUUCCAACACAGUCAGCAUGAGUAAUCCAUAAAGAUUUUAUCCUUUUGAAAUAUUCAUAAUGCGAUCAGAGGCGACAGCUGCUUUAAUGUGAUUUUCAAACAGAACGGGAACUGAAACUUUCUCCAAAAAUAGUUUUAAUUGCACUGUGUGUACAUCCAGUGAUUUCUGGAUCCAUACAGAAUAUCGUCCAAGGAUCGGAAUGCACAUGCAUGGAUUGAUGUCUGCCAAAACUUGCUCCUGUCUGAUUCUGGACCUAGCUCUCUUAAGUUAAAAAUACAGCUACCUAGAUCAGGGGUGCCCAAAAGUAAGAUCCCCAGAUGUUUAAGAACUUCAACUCCCAUUAUGCUUUGCAAGCCUUUAGAAUGCCUUUUGAAUGAAAAGCAUCAUGGCAGCUGUAGUUUUAAAACAUCUUGAGCACCCAUGACCUAGGUCAUACAUGUUGGACAUGUCUGACAGUUUGAAAUAUAUGGACAUUUAUUCACUAAACAGAAACUGGUGAUGAACUAAAUACAAAUUUGCAUAAUGCAGACUAAAACAGCUGAUAUUAAAACAUUUUUUUUUUUAAAUAAAAUCUGAUUUAGUUACAUUCUCAGUUUAAUUAUGUUGGCUUAAAUUUACAGCAUUUUCAGUUUUUACUUUAGCAUAAUGGAUUGUUUAGGGAAUAACCCUUCCCCAUGUAAUAUAUUGGACUAACAAUGUCUAAUCUGCUCUUUUCAGACCCCAAUAAUUAUUAUCACAGACGCAACGAGAUGACAACAUCGGACAAUCUCGACUUUAGACAUCACAACUAUAAGGAGAUGAGACAGGUAGUCAUGUUUGAACAGUGUACUAAGGCUUUAGAAAAAUAAAUCUUAUUUUAGCUGCUCUGUGUUUUGCCCAUCUUCUUAUGCAUGUUUUCACAAAGUCUAUAUCAGUCUCAGGAUUAUAAAAUAUUCCUUUCAGUGAUAUUUUUUCAGGUUAUACUAGUAGUACACGUCUGCCACAGUAAUACAAAUUGUUGGGCUCAAAACAUCUGAAGUUACUUGCCAAGCUUAAAAAUUACUCACCAUUGGCCAUUUUCUCUGACUACGUGAUUUUUGGGAAUGAACAGGCCUGUAUUAUUCUUAUUAUUCUUAUUAUUGACAUAUAUAUAGCACCAACAAAUUCCGUAGCGCUUUAUAAUAUUAUUGGAGUGGGAGAUUUAACAAUAAAUUAGACAAUUACAAAAACGUACAGAAACAAUAUGGAGGACCCUGCUAAAACGAGCAUACAGUCUUGUUUGCUGUCCUGACCCUAGAUUACUAGUGCAGCACCCAACAAGGACAAGCUUGUGGGUACACCAUUUUACACAUAAGAAAGUGUAGGAAAUGGGUAUCAAAAGGGAUAGGUCAUAAAGCAAACAAAUGUGACAAAUCCGUCCAGAUAUUCAAAACAUCAUAAAACAGACCCUGGAUAGGUGUUUAACCAUGAAGCCUAACCCUAAGGCUGACAACUCAAGCCCUCUGACUCGGUCUGCAAUUUCUCUAAGACUUAUAUCCAUAACCCACAAUCAGUAACCAUAAUCUCUGACAUACAAUUUAUCUGAGUCUCCAUCAGUAUCGACCAUCCCAAAAUGGCUGUGAAGAAACUGUAAGGUGGCUGGCUUAAGAUGAUUGGCAAUAGGAACCAUUCAAAUUCUAAACAAACAAUUCAAAGGCUGCAGAUACAGAUUAAAACUUGUUGAGGAUACAGGUUAAACAAUAACAGUGGUGUCUACUGUAAUAUUUGUGAUCAUAGGUUAGAAAAUGGUUCCUUCAGUCUAUAAAUAGCAAUAUAUCUGUCAGAACACACAUGUAACACACAUGGUCACAGAAAGGGCCUGGCUGUAAGUUUCUCAAAAGCUUGCCAAUAUUUCAUUUUAUGUGCAUUCCUCUGAAUAUCUUGUCUGACUUUUGCUAUAGUACCCACUAAUCUCUAACAUUGAACAUUCCUCUGCAUUUAUCUCAGGAAACUUUUUAUCUUCCUGACCUGUCCCAUUAUAUAUAUAUUUUUUAAAACAGCUGAUGAAGGUAGUGAAUGAAAUGUGUCCCAACAUCACACGUGUAUACAACAUUGGACGGAGCCACCAAGGACUGAAGAUGUAUGCCAUGGAGAUGUCUGAUAACCCUGGGGAGCACGAAGUUGGUUAGGAGAAUAAACAAGCUCUAUGUAUGUCCUGCCAAGUCCCACCUGUCUCUUCUAUAUCUGUCCUGAAUGCUUUAUAUUACUUUGACGUUGUCCCCUGCUGUGAUAUUGACUUAUUUGUGUGACCUUUCACAUCUUAUCUGUGCCUGGGACUGCAUCUUGCACUUGCAAUGUACAGGGACUAUGCUGCUUUGUUAGAAAUUCUCACCUAUUCCACGGCGCAUGUGCUAUACAGGUGCUCUGCCUUUAAACUGAUACGUUUGAACACACCUAGGCUGCCUACCUUGAGUUUCCCAACAAUAUCCCCUGCCUGAUUAUUGAUUGAGCAAUUAUGUGCCUCUGUAUGAGGAAUCCCUGCCUGGUCAUAUGUGCUUUAUAGAAGCAAGCCUUCUCUUUUUCUGUGUGUAACCAUGCACUGCUCUUGUGCUGUUCUCGUUUUAUUUAUGCAGGAGAACCGGAAUUCCGAUACAUAGCUGGAACACAUGGAAAUGAAGUUUUAGGAAGAGAACUCAUUCUGCUCUUGAUGCAGUUCCUCUGUCAAGAGUAUUUAGCUGGGAACAAACGCAUCCGUAACCUAAUUACCCAUACACGUCUUCAUUUUCUUCCAAGUGUCAACCCAGAUGGUUACGAGAAGGCUGCUGAGUUGGUAAGGCAAUAUUUCCUGCACUUGAUUAAUUGUAUUUGUCAAAAGAAUCAUUUUCAUAAGGAUAUAUCUGUACACAAACAACACGGAACACUGAGUUUGUUGACAGAGUUAACAGAUAAUGUUUUACAAUAUUGUUAUGAGUUUUAUUCUUAUAGUUCAAGAUGGCAUACUGUGAUUAUAAAGGUAGAUGUUAGACUCCUACUGUGGUGAUAAAGAUAGAUAUUAGUCUGCAUAGUAGACUUAUUUCAUUAUUAUUUUCGAACUAAAGAUCUAUGCCCUUUAAAUCCCAGGGUUCGGAAUUGGGAGGCUGGUCACUCGGACGUUGGACAGUUGAUGGGAUUGACAUAAACAACAACUUUCCAGAUUUAAAUAGCUUGCUAUGGGAAGCAGAAGAUCGACUCAGAAAUAUCCACAGGGCCCCCAAUCAUCACAUUCCAAUCCCGGAUUGGUACCAGUACCAGAAUGCUACCGUAAGACAUAGAAAAUGGUAGAAUGAAGCCGCACUUCUAGGCAGAAACCUGUACAAAUCGACUACAUUCACUGACUGCUUCCUGCAAAUGAUAUAUUCAUAUAAAUAAGAGGCUUUGUGGAUCUGUGGUCUGCUAUAGGAAUUAAACAGUUGACGUCAUUGUCAAGAUUGCUAUAAGUUUAGAUUGUCUCCAAUGCGGUUUAUAAUUCAUGCUUUGCUAGUCAACAAAUGACUCAGCUGUGUAGUAAUACAUCUUCUAUUUGGGUUAGAGGGGUAACAUUUAAAUUGCUAAAUAUAUAAUGCUUUAUAUACUUUAAAUUACCUAUUUAAGAAUUGUUGAAUUAUUUUUAAAUGUACAGGUCCCAGUAUCAAUCAGCUACGGGAGCCAGUGCCUAUAUUAUUUGUACAUUUCUAAAUUGCGCUUAUUUACUUUGAAUUUAGUAGCAAAAUAGUUAAAAUAUUGUGGAUUUUUGUUUCCUUGACCUAUCUAGUAAGCAAAUAAAAUUAUCUUAAAUGUUACUUUUUUUCUUCUUAGGUUUCCAUGGAAACACGUGCCCUCAUCGCAUGGAUGGAGAAGAUUCCCUUUGUGUUGGGGGCAAACCUCCAAGGAGGAGAAUUGGUGGUGUCUUAUCCGUAUGAUAUGGUUCGUUCCCCAUGGAAGACGCAAGAAUACACGGCAACACCAGAUGACCAUGUUUUCCGUUGGUUGGCUUAUUCUUAUGCUUCCACACACCGUCAUAUGACCGAUUCGAGCCGCCGACCCUGCCACUCUGAAGACUUCAACAAAGAAGAAGGAACUGUGAAUGGGGCCUCCUGGCAUACAGUGGCUGGAAGUAUGUGCUUUAUUUACUGACCUGUCUUUUUUAGGAAUUAGAAUUCUUUCAUCCAACAGCAGAUAUUCUUUGGUUAAAGAACAGCUAUAUUUCCAAGCAUUUUUGUUAAUUAGAUUUUUUAAAUUAAAUUAUGAAAUCAAUGUUUUCUUGAGGCAGGUCAAUAUUUUAGAAUAGCAAAAAUCAAUUUCACGCAGCUGUUACAUACCCUGUACUCAAAAGUUUGAAAGAAAUAUAUCUGAGGUUUUAGAAUGUUUUUUUUACUUCACAUCCUUUCUCCAUGAUUUGUUUUAAACCAUGCUGUUUUGGUGUUAGAGAUCCCAACAUUAAUGUCAAGUUAUUGUCUUAGGAAACCAAAAUGUGAUACCCCAGACUCAGUCCAGAAUUCUAAUAUACACCCUUUUUAGACCGAACUUACAAAAGCAGUUCCAGAAUAUGAAAAUCAAGGGUACUUAGCAUGAAAAAUGUCAGGUUAUUGUCCAGGAAUUUAACUGCAGACAUCCCUAAUACUAGAAAAUAUUAAUCAUGGUCAGUCUAUUCUCUUUGGAUGAUCAAAGAUGUUUCUUGAAGAAUGAACAACAAAUAUAGGACAACAUUGUAUUAAAGGGACACUCCAGAAACCCAGACCACUUCUGCCCAUUGGAGUGGUCUGGGUGCCAACUCCCACUCCCUUUAACCCUGCAACUUUUUAUAAACUGCAAUAAUUACCUUGCAGGGUUAACUCCUCCUCUAGUGGGCACUUCCGGGAUUAUAGCACACGCUAUGUGAGGACCUCCAGCGUCGCUAAAAUCCCUAUAGGAAAUCAUUGAAAGCAUUUUAAAUGCUUUCCUACGGGGAGAUCUAAUGUGCGUGCGCGGGCCAUUAGGUCUCCCCCGCCGUCGGGCGUGAUCAGUCUCACCCGCCGACUGACGUGGUGACGGGGAGGAGUGUGGGCGAGCAAGAAGCAGCACCAAGGGACAUCGUCGCUGUCUGUGGUAAGUCACAGAAGGGAUUUUGACCCCUUCAGCAAACGGGGAUGGGAGGUGGGAGGGAGAGGGGGCCUGCAGUGCCAGGAAAACAGAUUGUUUUCCUGGCACUGGAGAGUCCCUUUAAACAUAGAAACAUAGAAUAUGACAGCAGAUAAUACCCAUUUGGCCCAUCUAGUCUGCCCAAUUUCUAAAUACUUUCAUUAGCCUUAUCUGAUAUCUAAGCAGUGGAGUACGUACCACUUUCGCAGGGGUCCGUCACUCUAGGGGGACCAGCCACAGCUGCGAACCCUGCCACCGGCCGGGGGGCCACAGGUUGCCAGGUGACUGGCAGGAGGGGAGCACUGUGCUGCUCUUCUCCUGCAGUUGUCUGUAGCGUGGCAGAGCGGACUGACAGGAGGUGCUCAUUGAGAGAGCUCUUUCUGUCAGACCGGGUAUUGCGAUGGUGAGAGCGGGUGCCAGAGAGGAGGGGGGAGGAAAUGGGACACAUGGUGGGGCUGGGAGGGUGGGAAUGGGGCACACUGAGGGCCUGGGGGGAGGGAAUGGGACACAUUGAAGGGCUAGGGGGAGGAAAUGAGACACAUAGAUGGGCUGUGGUUGAGGCAAUUUGGAAGGUAUAGGGGAGAGGAGGAAUUGAGACACAUGGAGGCGCUUUGGAGGGGAGGAAAUGAGACACAUGGACAGGCUAUAGGGGGGACGAAAUGAGACACAUGGACAGGCUUUAGAGUGGAGGAAAUUAGACACAUGGAGGGGCUUUGGGGGCAGGAAAUGAAACACAUGGAGGGGCUUUGUGGGGAGGAAAUGAGAAACAUGGAGGGGCUUUGGGGGGAAGGAGACACAUGGAGGGGCUUGGGGUAUGAGACACACGGAGGGGCUGGGGGGAAUGCGACACAUGGAGGGAUUGGGGGAAUGAGACCCAAGAAGGGCCUAGGGGGAAAUAAGACACAUGCAAGGCCUGGGGGAGAAUGAGACACAUGUGGCCCCCGGGGCAGUUUUUGCACCAGGGCCUAGUGGUUUCUAGUUGCACCUCUGUAUAUAGGCUAGCCUUAUGCCUAGCCCCACGCAUGCUUAAACUCUUUCACAGUGAUAACCUCUACAAUUUCAACUGGAAGACUAUUCCAUGCAUCAACUACCCUCUCAGUAAAGUAAUACUUCCUGAUAUUAUUUUUAAAACUUUGCCCCUCUAAUUUAAGACUAUGUGGUAAUUUUUCUUCUUUUAAAUAUACUCUCCUCCUUUACUGUGUUGAUUCCCUUUAUGUACUUAAAUGUUUCUAUAAUACAUGUAAAUACAUAAAGGUAAUAAACACAGUAAAGGAGGAAAGUAUAUUUAAAACAUUUAUUCCACAUUUACCCAUUUGAAUUAUUGUAUUUUCUGUAUGUGCAUUAGCAAGCAUUGUUGAAGAUAAAUGUUUGAAAUCCUAAAAAAGGGAUUUGGGAUUCCUAAUCAAUCCAAACAGGCACCUACUCAAAAAUAAACAAAUAUGUAUUGAGGCAUUUUCCCUUCUAAAUACAUUUGUUAAUUUGCAUCUGAAUGUUUUUCAUGGCCAUUCCAGAUAUGCACAAUAGUGAAAUGAUUUGAAAUCAAGUCAGUACAAUUCAUUGUUUUGUGAACACAGCUCAAGGUUAUUUGGGGCAUGGAUAACUGAGAUUAUUAAAGCAUUUGCUAUACAUCUGGCGGGUUAUCCAAUGGUUAUUUGCAUUUCAUUUGAAAAAAAUUCAAACUACUAAGAGGAAUGUAAAAAGUGAAAUUCAAAACGCUCUUAAAUCUUAAAGACAAAAAAGCAUUGUAUUUUAUAGCCCACCUGCUGCGUUAGCUUAUAUUAAUUAGAAUAUAAAAUACAAAUGAAUGUGAAAUGGAAAUUGAAUCCCUAAACUGUAAUUUACAUUUAACUGCAAGUAUGUGUUAUUAAAGACAUGCGUAUGUAGCAAUCCCAGAAAAAGUGGUUACAUAAAAAAAAAAAAAAACUUUAUGUUUUUACCAUGUUUGAAUGAAUACAAAAGCUCACUGUGUGGAAGGGGGUAAAUCUGAUUCUGAAAGUGCUCAGCAGACAAAAGUAUAGCUUUACCAUUAACCCUUAAAGGAACACUAUAAAUACAAAUAUGUAGUCCUAACGCUAUAGAGCCCUAGUCACCGUUUAAGUGACUAGGGCCCUGUUCCACAUUGAAUAAAGGGUUAAUUAACCAUUUAUUUGCUUACCUUAAUCCAGCGCCGGGCUCCCUCAGCGCUGGUGACCCCUCCUCCUCCACUGAAGUCAGCUCCCGUGUGGAGCCGAACGUGCAUACGCAGCCAGGCGCGCACGCAUUCAAACCCGCCCAUAGGAAAGCAUUACUCAAUGCUUUUCUAUGGGGAUCUUUUUUGACACAGGACUCCAUGAGGACUCCGUGUAAAUCGCAGAAGCACCUCUAGUGGCUGUCAGGGAGACAGCCACUAGAGGCUGGAUUAACCCUGCAGUGUAAACAUAGCAGUCUCUUUGAAAAUGAUUUCAGCUGCAGGGUUAAAACUAGGGGGCUGAAGUGGUCUGGGUACCUAUAGUGGUCCUAUAGGGUGCCUAUAGUGGUCCUUUAAUAGUUUGCGCUGCCACAGCUUUCUGUUGUUAUUCUUCAAAGAGAUGUCCUAUUCAAGUAAAUAUUGCCGGCUGUUGGCAUAAAAUCAUUAGGGACCAGAAUGUGAUGAUGGUAUAAUGUGACAUGUGGUUCUUAAGGGGUUAAUAAUUAAAAAGCAAGAAGAGCUAGAUGAUAUACGUAGACAUUCACAAGUUAGGAUGGAGGAUAUGACGGGUGAGGAUCACAGGGCAUAAUCCAAGACUUUAGUAAUAAAAGACCAGAUAGAGAAACUAAACAGUGAAAAAUUUAAAUGUUUUGUUAAAGUACAAAAUACAGGAACAAAAAGUAAUCUUUAAAAUACUGCCAAGGUAAUGGUUGGAUCUGAGAUUCUAUCUGUGUCUCAAGAUGUCUCUCAUUAUAACAAAAGACAGUCGUAGUGAGGCUUGUGUGGGAGAGCUGUGUGUCGCAUUGGUUAUACAUCUGUAGUGUUUAGAAAGGUUAGAUAUAUGUCAGCUAAGAAAAGGAAAAUAGAUGUGAGAUAACUUCACAAUGUAAAAAUGAAAAGGAACAUUGAUAGUUAGCCGUGAGGAAGAAUCAAAUAAAAAGCUAUUAAAGAUACUGAUACAUGCUAUACCAUGAAAUACAUUGUACCAAGUUUGCACAUUUUUCUCUCUAGAGAAUCUGAUCUGUUGUAUUACAGCACCCAUGUUUCUAGCGUGUUGAGCUAGACUGCAAUACCGCAUGAGUGUACAUAUGGAUAACUGGCUACAUGUGUGAGCCGUUAAAUAUAAAAAGAAGGCAUGAUCUUGGCAGUUAACUAUGCAUUGAAAGCUGGUCUCAAUUUAGAUCCUAUCUUACAUUUCUAUAAAAUAAAUAUUUGAGUGGUGAGGUGACAGAAGAAAUAUAUUGAUACAGUAUCGUUAAAGAAAUUGUUUUGGAAAAUAAAUAAUAAAACAUUCAGAAAUAGUCACGGUAUGAUAAGGUAUGUGUCUUAGGCAUCUAAGAAGAAACUUUCCGGCAUCUGUAUUUGAUUGAUCAUUUUUCAUUUUACGGUUCUUUGACGUUAUCGUAUGGAUGCUUUCAACGCAAACACAAUCUAAGAUGUUAUACCCUUUCCCUGCCAGUAAUGCAGCUGAACUUCGAAAUCAAUAAAAAGUUAAAACCGGGAUUAACUUCAGUCAUCAUUAUUAAUCAUACGAUCUAGAGAUUUUGAGGUUAACAAAAAUGGUUCCAUCAUGGAAUGAUCUGACCUGUCUGUUUGACCCCAUUUAAAUGGCAGUCAUGGUGAUAUGUGAUGUGCUUCAUUAACUUAUUGUGUGUCUUCUACAAAUAUUUUUAGGUAUAGUGUACAUUGGUAUUCAGUUAUCAGUUUCUAUGGUUAUAUUGUAGUUACAAUGCUUACGUGUUCUUUAAUUGGCUUAACUGAUUAACAAGGAAUUUUUAUUUAAGGUUAGUACACACAUCUUCAACUCACGGAGAUGUUUUACAUGGUUUUUCAGUUCAUUCCCAAAACACAGUUUUCUGGGAUGCAGGUUAGUUAAUAGAAAAGUGUUUUCGAUAACAUUUAAAGUUCUUUUAGAUGUUACGUUAAACAUGUGAUGUUGCAGAUGAUCAGAUUGGUAGAAUUGUGAUUAUUUUAAAUAUGUUAAUUGUUCAUCAGAAAUAUCAUUGUAGCUCUGGAGAUUUAUGACACUUUGCCUGUAUGCAACUUAUAUUAACUAUCUGGAUUUAUUGUCAACUGUAUCAAUGUAAUGGCUCGUCCUGGCCUCUCUUCAGACCUUCAUUAUUUCAAACUACCAUAUCUUUUCUCCCAUUUCUCUUUUAGCAGUUCUCUCUCCCCUCUCUCUUCUUUUCUCUUCACAUCUUCUCAAUGAUUUUCCCAGUUUUUUCCAUUUCUCUUGAAACCCUGUUUUUUUCAAUUGCUCUGCAUAUCUCUCUGUUCCUCUUUCCAUUGGUCCCUCCAUAUCAGUGCCAUGUACUUACUAUCUGUCUUCUGCUCUCCCAUAAUGCUUUCAUUAGGUUUACACCUUGCACUUCCUGACACUCUUUAGUGCUCUCUUACACAUUCAAAUGGCUUCUGUCUAUGUAAUGUGGGUGGUGGUAUCCCUGAUGUCCAGCAGAGAACCAUAUUUAUGUAGAGGCCUCAGAGUUGUCAUGUGAUCCAUCUUUACAUGUGACAUCACAGUUUACCCUGUUACUCAAUAUAUCAUGCUGGACAACAGGAAACUUUGAUGCUAUCUCUGUGACUCAUGUGACAUCACAAUCUCAUGUGACAAAAAAAGCAAGCUCAGUGAUGUUCUGCAAGAAUUCCAUUUAUCAUAUUUAAUGUAUUCAUUUAUUUUGGGAUAGGAAUUGAGAAGUCACUUUGGUUGGAAAGCUUACAAGAGAAGAAGAUGAUAAAAUGUUUUGUUACAUGAGCUAAACAAUGCGUUACUUUGUCUUUUUGUCACAAUUUUUUUAAUCUAUUUACAUAUCAUGAAUGAUCCCUGCUCUACACCUCCUAAGGCCUUUUAUCCCCAUUAACAGGUAUUAACGAUUUCAGUUACCUGCACACCAACUGCUUUGAGAUCUCAAUUUACUUGGACUGUGACAAAUUCCCCCAUGAGAACGAGCUUGCUGAACAGUGGGAAAACAACAGGGAGUCUUUAAUUGUUUUUAUGGAACAGGUGAGUCUUCUUUAGUCUCCUAUUUUCAGAAAUGUAGCACAAACAGAAAUGAUCCUAGACGUUAAAAUAAGAUUAGUAAGCCACAUGGCACUAAUUCUGCUGUAGGAGUGAUGUCAGGGAGUGAUGUCAGCCUUUAAUGGUGUCUGGAAAAUGUAAUGGUAUAGAACAGGAGACAUCAUUAAUGUGAUAAGUUCUAUACAUGUUUCACUUUUUUUUCCCAAUAUAUAUUUAUUUCACCAUCUACAACAAUGAUUCUUUUUUUUUUCUGGAGUUCAAAUCUUAUAUUUGACAUUACCUCUGCAGCAACAGCUGGAUCAGUUCCCCUUCUUGUCUCGACAUUUGGCCAAAGAAUAGGUUGAGACAUCUCAAACAACAACCAUGAGUAGAUCAUCUUUGCCUGACUGGUCCAGUCUGGAGUGGAAUAAUUAAUUUGUUAAAUGUUGCUCUUUUCUUUUACCAUCAGUUAGAGAUUUGCUUUGCAUUGGUCCCUUGGUGAUUUCAUACCACUGUACCGUCAGUUAAUAAAUGAUGAAAUAUGCUAAUUUGUGGCGCCAAAGAGGUUAAUAGCCCCUCAUCUAUCUUGCAAUUAAGUUACUGAUUCACAUUUCCCUUGGAUUCCUCUGAAGUUUUCAUCUCCUUCUUCAUCUCUCCAAGGUUCAUCGUGGAAUUCGAGGGCUUGUCAGGGAUGUACAUGGAAGAGGGAUUGCAAAUGCCAUUAUAUCUGUGGAAGGCAUUAAUCAUGAUAUACGGACAGGUAAAUCUAAUGCAUGCAACGGACAUGUUUAUGUUAAUCUUAAUGCUAUUUGUAGUUAUUAGAAACAUCCACAUGUAGGAACAUCUACAGUCUCUAUUACUCCAGAUGGAGUAGGAUAUAGUAAACAUGUCUCUUUCCUUUCUUUACCAUCCCCAGAAGAUAUUCUGUAGUUAACUAUGGUUUUUUAAGUGUUUUGAGAUGUAUCUUGCAUUUAGUGUGCUUGACGUACUUCCCCUCCACCCCUCCUACUCACCUCUUCGUUCUGUCAAUGUUUACUAGAUUUUAUCUUCCAGUAGAGAGCCAUUCUUUCUGCUUACUACAACAUAACUCUGAGCUUCCAUUUGUCUGUGAAUGAAGAUGGUCCAAUAAAUCACAGACUGCUCUGGCAACAGAUGGCAAGAGUCUGUUACACUAAUCACAUUACAUACAAGUCUUUUGCAAUACUUUUGUACUACGUCCCUCUCUCUCUCUUUUUAUUUUUUCACGAGUUUACCAUUUGUGUACCACUUCCGACGGCCUUAAUUGCUGUGUACAAUAACACAUGCCCAUAGCACCGUGCCAUAUUGUGUUUUCUUUUCAAUCACCAAAAGCAAAAAUUUGUUCACACCCUACUGCAUGCCCUCCUUCCUAAAAUCAUGACACUUUUUGCGUUGGCAAAAACAUAGUGAUGUAAUUCCUGGCCCAUUUUCAGGUCACUGAGAUCAGCCAUAGUAAUACCCAGUCUUAGGGGAUAAAACCAAUGCCUGGCUCUGCAGCUGCAAUUCGUUGACUCUUCAAUAGAAGAUAAUCCCAGGGGAUGGAAUUAUCUGACAAAGAGCAGUCUCAUUCAGUGGAUUGUGUGAUUACCAGAUCACAAUUUCACUGUCUCAUUCUAUGCACAUUUAUCCUGCAGCAGUAACGUGAUGUUUAGUGUUCCUGCUAGUCUUACUGCACUUCUGCUCAAGAAUACAAGUAUCAAUUACCAAAUUUAUUACAUUUACCUCUUAUUAGCAGCAUUGCAUUUUUUAUUUAUAGAUUACCAUUAUUCCAUUUCACUUCCAAAUCACCUCCUGCACCUUCAUUCCUGUAUCUGCAUCUCUUUUCAUUCUCUACGUAAAACAUCUGCUCGCCUUCAUUCCUCACAUGCAGCACCUUUUAAACAUCAUUCCUCGGUAACUGCAUUAUCAUUUACCUUCAUUCCAGACAUACAGCACCUCCUGCACCUUCAUUCCUGCACCUGCUGAGUCUGCAUCUAUUUUCCUUCUUUACUUACAACAUCUACUAACAUUCAUUCCUCACUAGCUGCACCUUCUAAACUUCAUUCCCUAGUAACUGCAUUAUCAUUCACCUUUAUCCCAGAUUUACAGCACCUCCUGCACCUGCAUUCCUUUAACAGUACCUUCUGCACUUUCAUUGGAACUUUCAGCAUCUUUAUACCUAACAGCUCUUCCAUCACCUUCAUUCUGACCAUACGCACUGCCUGCACCUUCAUUCCUACUAAAAGCACCAUCAGCACUUUCCUUCCUAAUUAAUAUUACCUACUGAACAUUUUUUUCAACGGUCAGCAUUUUCAUUCAUGAAUUAAAAUUCACACAGCGCCUUUAUUUCCUGCACUUUCAAUCCUGAUUGACUGUAAUUCUUCUACAGUUAUAAUCAUCCCUCCUACAACUUUAUUGAUCUAGAAAUAUCCUUUCACGUCCUUCAUUCCUCACUAGCCAUAUUUGUUAUAUUUGUACAAAAUUGUGCGCAUUCAUUCAUGAUCAAGAGCACUUACACAGAUCCAUUCUGGACUAAUACCCUCAUGUUCGCCUUGGGUUAUCCAUAGCUUCACUUCCGCCAUUAAGCUCUUGAUUAACAGAGCCUACUUUAAAUACUAACGAAGACCACUUCCUGCAUUUUUUAUCUGGACCAAAUGCACUACCUAUAUCUAUAUUGUUAAUUGAAUAUCCUCCCUUCUCCAACAUCUUCUGACCUAUCUCAAGUGGCUGCUUUAGAAGGCCACAAUUAAUUAUUAAAGGGACCAUCUAAGCACUAAAAUAAAUUUAGCAUGGUAAAGUGGGUUUGGUGUUUAGAUCACACCUUUGCAGUCUAACUGUGCAAUUCUCUGUCAUUUAGGAGGUUAAUUUUGUAAGUUUCCUUAUUCAACACUGUGAUCCUGUUUGUCCACCCCUGUUUUAGAAUUUCUUAUCUCCUUCUCUGUUAAUUACCUCCCUGAACCUACAGCAGCAUCCUGUAUGUAAUUAAAUUUAAUUAACGGGCAGCAGAUAAGAAUUUCUAAAGUAAACACACCGUGUUGUAUGAUCUGAUUGAAAAUAAAACCAUUUUUUUCCCCAAGGAAGCUCUGUGAGUCUCAGUCAGCGGAGUGUAGCUAGUGCUGCAUAAAUAGAAACAAACGUUCUAAAUAGCAGAGAAUUGAACAGUGAGACUGCAGAUACAUGAUCUAUACACCAAAACUGCUUCAUUAAGCUGAAGUGGUUUUGGUGCUUAGAGCAUCUCUUUAACUCCUUAAGGACCAAGCUUCUGGAAUAAAAGGGAAUCAUGACAUGUCACACAUGUCAUGUGUCCUUAAGGGGUUAAAGGUCUUACAUUUUCCGCUGGGUUGUAUAAUGACCUGUUUCUCAUUUUACCUGAUAGCAUCAUUUACAGUUUUAAAAGAAAAAAAUAAUUGCACAUGUUUCUAUCUCCUAGAGAAUCUGCUAUGUUUCAUAUUAUUAGAUUGCCUUUUAUAUUGCUCUUAAUGUCUUUUUUUCCUGGUCUUUAUGUUGCAUCCCUAAUUUUCCAAAAUAACCCAAUAUAUGCCAACGCUCCUGACUGGCAUGUAUAGACUUUCCUUUAGAGCCCGUUUCUCCCCUGACCUCCUUGACGCUAGGGAUCCAAACUUACAAGUUCGUUGGAAAGAUCACACUUGUUAAUGACUUUACCUGAUGGAAAUAUUACAUUGGUUACUUUCUCAGCCAGCACACCACCUCUGGCAAAUCCAGUUUCCCGCACAAUGCUCAGCUCCUCGCAGUCCUUUCCAGGCUCUACCUCUUCACUGCCAAAUGAGCUGGCACAACUGGUGUUAAAGAGUUCAAACCCAAAAUAAUAUUAGCAUGUGACUGGAAAUCUCUGCAGGAAAUAUCGUAUAAUACAAUAUUCAUAUAACACAUAAAAAAAAAUCACUAUUAUUUCUAAAACACCUUCGUAACAAACUUUUGCAUUUGGCCCCUUGCAACGUUCCCACAAAAAAAGCAACGUGGGUAAUAUUCUGCUUUAUGUGAUGAAUUAUUUUCAGUAUAAAAACAAUAUGAAACUUUAAUGAGCUGUAGAAUCACUCACUUGCACAGUGAGCAGGUUGAUUAUAUAUUAAAUGCACAAACUCACUAUUUACGUACUCAACAUUUCAAAUUUUCCAUUUGAAUGGAUACUUUAUCAUAUUAAAUCUGUUUAAUGGCCCUUUCCUGGCAAGCAGUGAUAAUUCUUCUAUGUGCACAAAUUGCAGACAUUUUAUACAUUAUUGCUUCAGGUAAUCAAUAUUUCAGCUAUUCAUUCAGCAGUUUGCAACACUAACAUCUUAGUAGCCUGACUUUAAAGGAACGCUAUAGGGUCACGAACACAAACAUAUUCCUGACCCUAUAGUGUUAAAACCUCUAUCUAGCCCCCCUGUCUCCCCCUUGCUUCUUUAAAUUUAGUAAAAUCUUACUUGUAUUCAAAUAUGCAGCUGCUGCCUCUGCCACUGAUCUACCUGCUUGGCUGAUAUAAUCAGAAGUGUUGUUCUUUCACAUAGGAUUGGGUGAAACUGUCAAGGAGGCAGAUUAGGGGUAGAGCCAGCACAAGCCAAACACAGUCCUGGCCAAUCAACAUCUCCUCACAGAUAUACAUUGAAUCAAUGCAUCUCUAUGAGGAAAAUUCUGUGUUUGCAUGCAGAUGGUGGAGACAUUGAAUAAAUUCCAAGAAGCACCUCUAGCAGCCAUCUGAAGAGUGGUCAGUGGAGGUAUCACUAGGCUGUAAUGUAAACACUGCACUUUCUCUAAAAAAAAGACAGUGUUAACUGCAAAAACACCUUAAGUGGAUGAAUAUACUCACCAGAACAAAUACAAUAAGCUGUUGUUGUUCUGGUAACUAUAGUGUCCCUUUAAAUCUGCAUAAUUUUUCAUUUUGCAUAAUAACACACUGCUAUAGUAUUUUGCAAUAGUCUGCAAUAGUAUUUUUUAUUCUUUUUUCAAAAUCAUUAGGUAUUUUUAAAACAUUUGCCAUAACAGAACAACCUGUUGCAUUCCAGAGGUCGGAUAGAUUUUGGUGAAGUCGUCUGUGGAUAUAUGUAAUCAAUUCCAAAUAUUAUAUUUUGUUCUCUCCAAAGUUGGUUAUUUACCCACUUAUUAGUUUGUGCUAAAAUAAAAAAAAAAAAAAAAAGGAAAGAAUUUAUGCUCAGAAUUCAGUUUUGAGAUAUGUGAUAUAGAUUACAAAAGAUUGCAGGCUGUUUUCUGAGCAAAACUCAUAGCAUCGUUUUUUCUUUCUCUGCAUAAGGGCACGCUUUGCAUGAUUCUGGGAAAAUAACUAGUGAAAGGUAAUAUGUAUGAAUCAUUUGACCGGACCUCAUAGCAUUCAAAUGAAGUGAAGGAACUAAUGUAGAGAGGGCCCUGUUGCAAAAAACAGUGUUUGUGUUUGAAUGCAGAAGUGGUUUUGUGUAUUAUGUUGGUGUUUCCACGCAGGUAUGUGUUCACAUAUACAGAUACACAUUGUCACACAUAGAAACACACAGACAAAGCAAAGAUACACACUGACACAUAUGGAUUGACACUCAUGAACAAAUGAAUUGACACAUAAACAUACAUAUGCACAGAUUUGCUCACUGACACACAUGCACAUAUGCACACAUACAGAAUACACACACAGAUAUACUCACCCUCCUGCUGUGAGCACUUUAAAUGUCUCCCUUGGUCCCAUGUAAGUUUUCCUGGAGGCCUGUCUUCUAGUGAUGUGAGCACAGCUGGGCAGGGCCCCAUGGUAUCUUAGAUAGAAGCAGGCAUCAGUGGGCUCCCUGAUCCCCUGUGGCCCUCGUGCAGGCACACUGGCUGCAAUUCCAGUAGUUCCACACCUUGUCUCUCAAUGAAUUUACUCUUCAGGAUAAUUCUAAAUACUAACUGUCGUAACAGUGGCAAGAAAGCAACUUUGUCAUGUGUUGUACUAUGAAUUUCACAUAGUUUACAAGGUUAUUGUCAUAUUUUAUUUAACGAACAUUACAAGUACCAUAACCAUUACAUAAAAAUAAUUCAAAAGUCACCGUACUAAACAGAAAAUUGUUGUCUAACUUUCAAAAUAGAUGGGUCUGUUCACUAAACAAAGAAAUUAAGCAUAUGAAAAAAUCCAAAUUGCCAUAUUCUUAAUUAGUUUUUUUUUCCAAAUCUGCUCUUUUGUGAUCAGUUUUGCAAUGUUUCAAUUCACCAUAAUUUGAUGAAUAAAGUCCUAACAUGAACUCAGGAAAAAUGUCUGCUUAGACAAAUUGUUUUUUUUUUCUCCUGAAUCCAUCUAUCCUGGUUUAAAUUUUGUAUUUUAAUAUUCCACUCGCUGCAACCCACUCUUUAGUGAAUUAAGUCUCUUAAAAAAAAUCUAGAACUAUUCCUGAUUAUUUUUCUGCUAAUUUUCUUAAUCGUAAUAAUUUUUAUCCAUUGUCUAAAAAAAAAAGCUUCAGCGCUAUAUAGACACAGCCUUCCAUUUUUCUAAAACUCUGAAUUCUCUUUUGCUGAGCACAGGAGUAAGUGUAUAUUUCCCAAUGUAAUUAACAGUUCAGUAAUUAGAAACUUACAGUAAUGCUGGGACAAGCGCCAAUCACCACAUGCUGAGCGCAUCCGUUGCCAAGAUUAGUUUUAACCUCCCACGCUCUACUUUUUUUCCCUUUCCUUUUUUUUUUUUUUUACAAAAAGCAGAGCUAUAUCUUAUUUAUUACUGCUCUCAAUUUCUGAGUUCCACAUCAUUCUUUUUUUUUUUCCUCGAUCAUUAACCAUCAUGUGUGUUGCAAUUCUUAGAACAAAUGGCAUUCUUUGCAUACAUGUAAAGCAGCUGGAUUAUGGCUGUCUACCACAUCCACACACUCUAAUAAGUGCCCAAGCAGACAUGUAAACAGGACUAGCCUUAGACCAGGGGUGCCCAAAAGGUAGAGCCCCAGAUGUUGUAGAACUACAACUCCAAUGAGGCUUUGCAUGCCCUUAGAAUGCUUUUAGAAUGUCAAUGUAUCGUGGAAGCUGAAGUCUUAAACCCUUUGGGGAUCUACAUUUUGGGCACCCAUGCCUUAGACUUUCAGGUGCCCUGUGCAUAACAACCCCUGCCCCCACAUCAUACUUUUUCAUUAUUAUUUAGUAUAAAAAGGCAAAGAUAUAUUUUUAUAUUGAUUGUAAUUUUUUAUGUGUUAUAUUACUAAUUAAAAAUUUUUUUUUUUUAUAAAAUAAAUAAAAAUAGACUUCCGUAGGUGAGGACUUACCAAACCAGGAAGUGGCUAGUACAGUUUUGAAGUUUCUCGUAGUGCGGAUGAACUGUAUGCUGGCAGGCUCUUAAAAAGUAUUAAACAAUAAAAGAGUCGAACAUAUUUGUUGUUGCUUUAUUAGCGAGAAUUUUUAAUGAGCUUUCACAGUGUGAAAGAGUAAGAGAUUUUAUUUUAAUUUUUUUGCUGUGAAUAUAUUUUGCUUUUUUGAGCUACAUUGGGAAAUGCUAUAUUCAUGAAAAAAAAAAAAGUAGCUUUGUGGGAGUGUUUGGAGGCCAUCUCAUUCUGAUAGAUAACUGUUUCUCUAUAUAUAUAAGUGUGGCAAUAUUAUUAUUAUUUAUUAUUUUAUUAUUUGUAUAGCGCCAUCACAUUCCGUAGCACUGUACAAUGGGUGGACUAACAGACAUGUAAUUUUAACCAGACAAUUGGACGUACAGGAACAGAUUGGUGGAGGGCCCUGCUCAAUGGGCUUACAUUCUAGAGGACCUGAUAUUAAGACCUGUAUCUAUUUAAUUUAGAUUAGGGGAUUCAUUUUAGCAAAAUCUAAAACUAUAGGUCAUCAAGGCAGAAAUGCAUCUGAAUAUGAACUCCAGGAAGACACAUUCCAGUUGAUAAGUUCUUGGAGGCAGUACAUUAUAUCUAAUUAAAAAAAAGUGUGUUGGGCAUUUUAUCUUCAUUACAUGUUGUUGCUGUUUGAUGUGGAUAUGUGCAGAGCUCUGCUGGAGGUACUAUGUAGCUUACUCCUAUGUCAAACUGUGUUUCCUUCUGUGUACUUUGACGUUUUACCUCUUCUACUGAUAUUCGGCCCUGCCAUGUGACGUUGUUCCCCACCUUUUCCAUGGUUCUUCCAGAAUUGGUCUUCCAGAAAAAAACAUCCCAACUUUACCAGUGUUAUUUUCCUAUUGACUCAUACCAUGUAAAAUGGUAACCCACACAUACCAUGUAGUCCCUCCAAAAAACAGCAUUUUUAUUUUUUUACAUGUUCACUGAACUCUUCUCUAUAUAAUAAAUCUGAAAUCUGCUAUGUGAAGCUAUGGCUUCCUUCCAGAAGACUUGCAUCCUAUCAAAAGUCUUAGUCCUUCUAGGAGACAGAUUUAAACUUUAAAACCCUUUCUUCUGCUUCUAUCUGUACACUUUUACCAUUUGUCCCUCUUGUUCUUUUAGAGUCUCUCCAUGUAAAGCUGUUAAUCGCAUAGCUCUUGGUAAUUUUAAUCUGUAAUGGUUAAAAUUGAUGGUAUUUUUGGACUCUUCUGUGUUCUACAUUAAAAAAAUUAUCAAUUACAAAAACAACCCAGUUAUUACCAAUGCCUCAUAAGUAUAUCUUAAAAUCCUGCCAUUCCAUGAAGAAUUUUAAUUAUGCUUAUUUUGUUGCCAGACUAUCCAUUACUGUUAUUAUUUAUUAUAUGCGAAGUAAAACAAAUUAUUAAAACCACGAGCAAUGGUGAAUAGUAAUCCUGAUAAACACAUCCUCAUAGUUUUGCUAAUAAUUUUUUUCAUUAUCCUUCGCAUGUAAAUCAGCAUUGAAAUUACGUAACUUGCUGUAAUCUAAUUGUCCCUAGCCAGUGAUGGAGAUUACUGGAGGCUGCUUAAUCCAGGAGAAUAUGCAGUGAUAGCCCGAGCUGAAGGUUUCACACCCUCCACUAAGAACUGUGCGGUGGGAUACGAAAUGGGAGCCACACGGUGUGACUUUACCCUCACCAAAUCCAACCUGGCUCGGAUCAGAGAGAUUAUGGAGAAGUUUGGCAAACAGCCAGUGAGCAUGGGUCUACGCCGCAGAAGAAUCCGCACCAGGCCAAGACAACAUACCUAAAACAUCUGAAAUUUUGAAACUGGAAAACACCUUACUAUGUCAUAUCUAAAUUUAAAGCUCUUAUCUGAAUUAAGAUCUCUGAAUAGUAGAAUAUAAUCUACAUUGGGCUCUUCAUACUGUCAGUAAGGUUCUUUAGCUUGUUCCAAAAAAUACAGUGACAUUAUGUGAACUUUCUUAAGUGAACAUACUCUAUGGAAGAACGUUUCAUAGCACAGAGCGGACUAUUCAAUAAUACACGCCAUACUCGGCUUAGCUAUUCUGGACCUAGUUCCGUAAGAAAUUCCAGGAUAAGUAUGUAAUGAGAAUAUGCAUUCCUUAUAUAUUCUGUGCUUACAGACUUUGAGUGUAUAUAGUAUCUCUGGAACUACAUGUUAUUUUCAAGGCUGAUGAACCUAAUGAUCGCAAAAAGGGAAAAUUGAAAUGUCUGGUACUCCAAUGAAACGUAAUCAAACUAAAAUGAGAAUUGACUGAGCUGUACGGCCCUAAAAAGAGAAGUCAUUAAACCACAUUACGCUUAAAUUAGAAGACACUAUUCUGUGGUUACUAUAUUUGUCCUCAAAUAUAGUUCUUCAUAUGUUUUAUUUUAAUUGUCUUCCCCAGUUCUUUUUUAUUGCUCUAGCCAAGAAACUGUUCUUCAUUACUGUGCUAUGUAAUCAAUUACAUUUCAUUGUUAGAAAAUGAUACAUCAGUCAUUUAAUCCCUUGACUGCUGGGAGAGAUCCCAUUAGUACAUUAGUCCAGUAUCGAUAUGCUAUUGGCCUAUCUCUAACUUUCUUUAAGAAUUUUUUUUAAAUAAAAUCUGUUUUAAGAGAUAUUUUAGCAAUAAAUAAGUAGCAAAUGCCAAUGCUUCCUUUUUUUCAGCCAACUGGUGUUACCUUUAUAAAUAGUUUCCAUAUUGGCGUAUUGUCACCUACCAAGGCCGUAAAUGCGGUGACAUUUAUUGCAUAAAAUGCAGACUUUACCAUUGAAUCCUGUGGACCCAGCUGUAAUAUAAUUCAUAGUUCCUCCUGACUGGUAGUGUUAACAUUGAAUAGACAGCAGCUGCUCGAAUUUCGGACGGAAUGCGCCCUCAAUACCCCCCUUCCUUUAUAGUAACUCUCAGCAGAUGUGCUGGCACUGGCUCACUCCAAAUGUGGAACUAAUCCUGUUCCCAUAUUGAAGCAAAUACAGAUCUUUCAUGUUUUAAGUUAACCUCUUCUUGGUGGAAAAACUACAGUGUUUAUGUAGAGAUGGCCAAAGCCCUAGUCAAAGGACACUACAUUUUCAAUUCCAUAUUCACUAUUCAAAAGGAUUGCAAUUGUGGACCUGCAGACCACCAUGACUAGGCAAACUGCAAAAAAAAUAUUUCAGAAGAAACAGAAAGAAGCAAAAAAAUAAUACCUAAAAAUAAUUAAAAGACACACAUGAACAUUAUACUUUGCCCAACCAAGAGGAGUUUAUGCUAGUGUAGACAAGUGAGCAGAGGGUGCAAAAGGCCCCUUCCCAAAAUUUAUCAUGCUCUAUAAAUUUCACUGUGCCAGAAGGGUGCCAAAUGGGGCCACUGUGAAAGAAUAAUUUCUCAAGUGGGAGUGUGGUAACCCGAACUGGUCACAGCAACGAACAUUCCAAUAACAUGGCAUCCAGGGGCAUUGAUCAAUCACAAA